AUGUCAACACUGCCCACUGGGCCAGGUCCUGGUCCAGGUGCAGGUCCUGGUCCAGGUACAGGUUCUGAGCUGCCAGACCUGAGUCAUCUGACAGAGGAGGAGCGAAGCAUCAUCCUGUCAGUGAUGAAGAGGCAGAAGAAAGAGGAAGAGAAGGAACAGAGCAUGCUCAAGUAAGAACGGCACUUAACUGAUUUAUGACCACAAACUCACCUGAACCAAACUCACCUGAACCAAACUUACCUAAACCAAACUCACCUGAACCAAACCCACCUGAACCAAACUUACCUAAACCAAACUCACCUGAACCAAACUUACCUAAACCAAACUCACCUGAACCAAACCCACCUGAACCAAAUUCACCUGAACCAAAUCUGAACCAAAAUCACCUGAACCAAACUCACCUGAACCAAACCUACCUAAACCAAAUCUGAACCAAACUCACCUGAACCAAACUCACCUGAACCAAACCUACCUGAACCAAAUUAACCUGAACCAAACUCAUCGAAAGCAAACCUGAACCAAACUCACCCGAACCAAACCCACCUGAACCAAACUCACCUGAACUGAACUCACCUGAACCAAACCUACCUUAACCAAACUCACCUGAACCAAACUUGCCUGAACCAAAUCUAAACCAAACUCACCUGAACCAAACUUACCUGAACCAAACUUACUUGAACCAUACUCACCUGAACCAAACCUGAACCAAACUCACCUGAACCAAACCCACCUAAACCAAACUCACCUGAACCAAACCCACAUGAACCAAACUCACCUGAACUGAACUCACCUGAACCAAACCUACCUGAACCAAACUCGCCUCAACCAAACUCACCUCAACCAAACUUACCUGAACCAAAUCUGAACCAAACUCACCUGAACCAAAUCUGAACCAAACUCACCUGAACCAAAUCUGAACCAAACUCACCUGAACCAAACUUACCUGAACCAAACUUACCUAAACCAAACUCACCUGAACCAAACUCACCUGAACCAAACCCACUUGAACCAAAUUCACCUGAACCAAAUCUGAACCAAACUCACCUGAACCAAACCUACCUUAACCAAAUCUGAACCAAAAUCACCUGAACCAAACUCACCUGAACCAAACUCACCUGAACCAAACCUACCUUAACCAAAUCUGAACCAAACUCACCUGAACCAAACUCACCUGAACCAAACCUACCUGAACCAAACUAACCUGAACCAAACCCAUCAAAAGCAAACCUGAACCAAACUCACCCGAACCAAACCCACCUGAACCAAACUCACCUGAACUGAACUCACCUGAACCAAACCUACCUUAACCAAACUCACCUGAACCAAACUUGCCUGAACCAAAUCUAAACCAAACUCACCUGAACCAAACUUACCUGAACCAAACUUACUUGAACCAUACUCACCUGAACCAAACCUGAACCAAACUCACCUGAACCAAACCCACCUAAACCAAACUCACCUGAACCAAACCCACAUGAACCAAACUCACCUGAACUGAACUCACCUGAACCAAACCUACCUGAACCAAACUCGCCUCAACCAAACUCACCUCAACCAAACUGACCUGAACCAAAUCUGAACCAAACUCACCUGAACCAAAUCUGAACCAAACUCACUUUAGGGUCAUUCCAUGUCAAUUCUCUCAAGAAUCUACACUCACGUCACAGAUUUUGAUGAAAUUUGGUCCAAUACUUGCUCGCGGGAAUCCAGGUUUAUGAUAGCUUUGAAUUCUUCAUACUUUCUCAUGAUCGUCUCCUGCUCCUCGUUUGUAAAGUACGUGGUCCUUCACUCUCCGGCCUGCUCUGACGCUCCAGACUGGUCCAUGUUCGCGAUUGGUCAGAUGCGACGGGCUCCACCUUACAUGCGUGCACGCGCUCAUAGCAAAGCUGGAUCCACUUACGAGGUUGAUAACCAGCGUCGUAAGACCAUUUAGUGAGACCGCUGGCUACCACGCUGAGUUGAGCGAGGUAGCUACCUCGCUAGGUCGAACUUGUGAACUUGCUUCGUAAAAUAGGCCCCAGAACCAAACUCACCUAAAUUACCUGAGGCAAACUCCCCUAAGCUGCAGGUAUGCAACGAGAUGAUUAGUCCAGGGUUAGAUGACUGGUAGUGACAUUGUAAAGGGGACGUUGACCUUUGACCUCCAGCAGGAUGUACUGAAGCUGUGUGCAAGCUAACCUGUUUGUUGUCUCAGCCGACUGACGCUACUAAUCCUCCCACCCUCUCAUACACACACAUACACACACACACACACACACACUCACAGGAGCUCUGUGUUUUUAUAGAAACACACACACACACACACACACAAAGAAAAAGAAGGAGAAGGAAGAAGUCAGAUCAACAACACGAUCACAUAGAGAAGACAGAAGGGCGGGGCUAAAAAAAGUCAGCAAAACUGUCAAGCCAUAUAUUUUUUUUAUGUGUUAAUUUUUACAGGAGACAUGUUUAUUUUUACAGUAAAAAUGUUUCUUUUUACAGUAAACAUGUUUAAUUUUACAGAAAACAUGUUUAUUUGUCCUAAAACAUGUUUAUUUACAAAGUAAACAUUUUAAUUUUUACAGUAAACAUGUUUAUUUUUACAACUAACAUUUAUAUUUUUACAGUAAAUUAGUUUCUUUUUACAGUAAAAAUGUUUAUUUUUGCAGUAAACAUGUUUAUUUUUGCAGUAAACAUGUUUAUUUUUACAGUUAACAUGUUUCUUUACAGUUAACAUGUUUUUUUACAGGAGACAUGUUUAUUUUUACAGUAAUAAUGUUUAUUUUUACAGUACAAAUGUUUUUUUUGUAGUAAACAUGUUUAUUUUUACAGUUAACAUGUUUACUUUUACAGUAAACAUGUUUAUUUUUACAAUUAACAUGUUAAUUUUUACAGUAAAAAUGUUUCUUUUUACAGUAAACAUGUUUAAUUUUACAGAAAACAUAUUUAUUUUCACAGUAAACAUUUUAAUUUUUACAGUAAACAUGUUUAUUUUGCAUUAAUGUCCAAAUUGUCUAAUAGCCUAAGUGAAAAACAUGUAUGAUUGAUGUGACUAAACAGAACUGAUAAUAAGGAUAAUUGAAUUUGAAAAACAAAUGUCUUAAAAUAAUGUGUAACAAUGUUCCAAUUAAAUGUACAAAUAGUAAAACAGAUUUUUGCAGUCUGCAGCAUCCAACCAUAGUAACUUGAGAAUGCAGAACAGCACCAUCUAUUGCUGUGCUUCAGUUACUGCCCUACAUCUGAAUGUAGAAAGUAUGAAACAGCUGAAGUUAAAUUAAUUGUAUAAAUGUAGAAAGUAAAGAAAAGCAGAAGUAGAAGAAAAAGAAGAAGUUAGUAUGUUAAAAGAGUUAAAGACAAGAACUGUAACAACAAAGUUAAUAUUGGGGGUGUAUUUUCUACUGACAGAGAGACAGUGUUUGUGCCCGCGCGCGCGCGGCCGAGCCCGUGCGUGUGCAUGUGCGUAUGUGAUCGAAGCACACAGCCCAUGACAAGUGCUGAUAUCGCAAAAGCAGUGAAAAACCGUCUGAACUUUUCCCCCUAGCGCAAUUUCCGUAAGUCAUAUCCCAAAAACAAGAUGAUUUUAGGAGUCCUGAGAUUCCCAUGAACACAAUGAUGUAUUCUUUAUGUCUAAAGUGUAAAAAAUGUGGCCACAACAGCGAGUUAAAAAACGGCUUCAGUGUAGUGUCUGUCAGGGUUUCUUGGCCAAAAUUUAACAUGGGAGUUAAUGGGCAGAAUCUCUGACUCCUACGGAAUGUACUCACCUCCUGGGCAAGCGGUACAAUUUGAUGACUUCAGACCUAUUUUGUGAGAAGCAGGACGAGUGUACCUCCAUUUUGAUGUGUUUUUUAUGGCUGUGGAGAGAAAAUUGCGGCCGUGGGAGCAAAAUAAUCACGCUUGGUCUAGUGAAUCCAAAACGCUCCCCCCGCUCUAGUGAUGACGUCACACGCUCUAGUGUUUCCAAUACACACUCAUUGGAAAGGCUGAAAAAGGCAGAAAACUUCAUGUUGCGCCAAGCUAAAUUGUGCAAAAAACGGUAGGAAAUAGCAAGAAGGAGUGAAACAACAUUUAUAGCAGACAAGUUGCUGAACAUUUUAAAGCAAAAAUGAGGUCUGUAGGUGAAAGUAUGCAGAAGUUAUAAGGGUGAGAAGGUGUUAUAGCUGUAGCCGGAGUGGAGAGAUUUCUCCAUUCAUUUCUAAUGGAACAAAUUUUGCAGAAAAAGUGAAAUAUUGCAAAAAGUAUAAAUGGUAGAGAGGUGAAAAGUAAUAGCCAUAUUGUCCUGAAGGAGUGCAUUAGUAUAAAGUUUGAAUGGUUAAAAUAGCACAAAGUGGGAAGGAGUUGAAAAGGGCCAAAAAAGGUAAGGAAGAAUAAUAAUAACAACUAGAAAAAUUGCAUUUCCUUGCAGAAAAUGCGUGGAAAUGCUGAGUGCUGAAAGCUGAAAAAGCAAUGCUUAACUGCUAAUAAAACAUGGAGAAAUGUAUAAAUGUUAAAGCUGUUGAAGGGGUGUGAAAGAAAUGUAAGUUGGAUAAUUGAUUAAUUGGUUGAAGGACAAAUAGUAUGAAUAUGCUCUAUAAAAAGAAAUUUUAUUCAUGCUGAAAGAGGCUAGAAAAAUGUCUAAAAUUGCACAAAGUUUGAAUGAAGAAGGAAAUUGCCUUAAAAGGCAGGAAGGUGGGAAGUGGCAUAAGUUUAAUUUUUUAAGUAUUAGAAAGGUUUGAAUCAGUUUGAAUCAGUUCAAAUUAGUUUGAAAAAUUAAAUGAUAAAUCAUCACUGAGUGACUUUAAAAUGUGAAAAAUCUAAAUGUAUAAAAAUCCUAAAUACACCCCAUAAUGUCCUCAAUGAGCUCAAAUUUUAAAGCCCUGAAUGGUUUCUGUAGGUCAAAUGUCAUGUGAGGAGAUAGGGGCUGAAGUUUUUUCAAGCACUCUAGUAAAGGGUUUUAAGUGUCAUCCCCAGUGCUAUGUGUGCUGAGCCUGGCUUCAUGUGUCUCAUAUGGCCAUUAGAAGCAGCUUUCCAGUCAGCUGUGUGUCUCCAGGUGCACAAAUUGGUUGCCAUGGGGACCUUGGAUGCAUAACUAUAGCAGGAGAAAGAAGGCUUGAAGCUAAGGAAACAGGACUCCAAGUAGGCCCUGACACUCAUCCUCUGUAUAUAUUCAUGAUAAGGAGCUUGUGAGAACACAAGACUCUGCUGAACACAUUAAUACAAUUUAUUAUCACAAUCCUCAAAACACCCCAUAAUAUCUUCAAUGAGCUGAAUUUUAGAAGCCCAGAAUGGUUUCUGUAGCUCAAAGUUUGUGGGUGGAGAUAGGUGGCGAAGCAGACACAUAUUAACUGUGUGUACAAGCAGCUGAACUGCAAGGUAGACCUCAUAAAGCAACAAGUACAAGAAUGUGUGUGUGUGUGUGUGUGUCUCGUUAAUGACUGCAUCCUAAACAGCUGUGAGAUCAAAGGCAAAUCACUGACCUACUGUUUGAAUGAGAAGCAGCUGAACUGCAGAGGAUUUAGAGGCUCUAAACUUCUUCACAUAGCGUGAUUUCCUUAAGUCCCAGAAUGAAAAUAAGAACAUCGUACGAAUCCUCCGCCCUUCAUGAACACAAUGAUGUGUUUUUCAUGUCUGUACUCCGACAAAUGUGGCCACAACAGCGAGUUAAAAAAGUCUGAGCCUGAGCGAUGAUCCGGAUUUUCUUGGAGAAAAAUAACAUUAAGGUCAAUGGGAGAGAUUUCCGCCUUCUUUGGACAGUUGGUCACCUGCUGGCCAAGGGGUACGAUUUAAUGAUUUGAAACCUCUUUUGUGAGAAGCAGGACACAUAUACCUCCAUUUUGAUGUAUUAUUUGUGUCAGUGGAAUGAGAUUUGUGGGCGUGGGAGCGAUAUAUUCGAGCGAGGUUCUGUUGAUCAGAGACGAGGUCUGCACUCUAGCUUUUCAAAUCAUCACUCUAGCCUCUCCAAUACACCCCUAUUAUAAAGCCUGAAAUUUGCUGAAAACCACGAGUUGCAUAAAGCUAAAUUGUGGAAAAACUGUAAAAGAUAGCACAACGACGUUAAUACAACAUCAAUAGUCGACAAGACAAUGAACAUUUUAAAGCAAAAAUGAGGUCUCUAGGUGAAAGUAUGCUGAAGUUAUAAGGCUUAGAAGGUGGAUGAAUAACAGGAAGUAUUGGAAGAUUUCCCCAUUCGUUUCUAUGGGAAAAAAAGUUUGGCACAAAAAGUGAAAAAUAAUAAAAAGUACAAAGGAUAGAAAGGAAAAAAAUACAAGCACACAUGUCCUGAUGGAGUGGAAUAGUUUAAAGUUUGAACGGUUGAAAUCGGACAAAGUUUGAAGGAGGAGAAGCGGUCCAAAGAAACGUAUGGGGGGAGUGUUAAGUAUAAUACUAGAAAAAUUGCAUUUCCUUGCAGAAAAUGCGUGGAAAUGCUGAGUGCUGAAAGCUGAAAAAGCAAUGCUAAACUGCUAAUAAAACAUGGAGAAAGGUAUAAAUGUUAAAGCUGUUGAAGGGGUGAAAAAGAAAUAUAAGUUGGAUAAUAGUUUAAUUGGUUGAAGGACAAAUAGUAUGAAUAUGCUCUAUAAAAGGAAAUUUUAUUCAUGCUGAAAGAGGCUAGAAAAAUGUCGAAAAUUGCACAAAGUUUGAAUGAAGAAGGAAAUUGCCUUAAAAGGCAGGAAGGUGAGAAGUGGCAUAAGUUUAAUUUUUUAAGUAUUAGAAAGGUUUGAAUCAGUUUGAAUCAGUUCAAAUUAGUUUGAAAAAUUAAAUGAUAAAUCAUCACUGAGUGACUUUAAAAUGUGAAAAAUCUAAAUGUAUAUAAAUCCUAAAUACACCCCCUAAUGUCCUCAAUGAGCUCAAAUUUUAAAGCCCUGAAUGGUUUCUGUAGGUCAAAGGUCAUGUGAGGAGAUAGGGGCUGAAGUUUUUUCAAGCGCUCUAGUAAAGGGUUUUAAGUGUCAUCCCCAGUGCUAUGUGUGCUGAGCCUAGCUUCAUGUGUCUCAUAUGGCCAUUAGAAGCAGCUUUCCAGUCAGCUGUGUGUCUCCAGGUGCACUAAUUGGUUGCCAUGGGGACCUUGGAUGCAUAACUAUAGCAGGAGAAAGAAGGCUUGAAGCUAAGGAAACAGGACUCCAAGUAGGCCCUGACACUCAUCCUCUGUAUCUAUUCCUGAUAAGGAGCUUGUGAGAACACAAGACUCUGCUAAACACAUUAAUACAAUUUAUUAUCACAAUCCUCAAAACACCCCAUAAUAUCUUCAAUGAGCUGAAUUUUAGAAGCCCAGAAUGGUUUCUGUAGCUCAAAGUUUGUGGGUGGAGAUAGGUGGCGAAGCAGACACAUAUUAACUGUGUGUACAAGCAGCUGAACUGCAAGGUAGACCUCAUAAAGCAAAGAGUACAAGAAUGUGUGUGUGUGUGUGUGUGUGUGUGUGUGUGUGUCGUUAAUGACUGCAUCCUAAACAGCUGUGAGAUCAAAGGCAAAUCACUGACCUACUGUUUGAAUGAGAAGCAGCUGAACUGCAGAGGAUUUAGAGGCUCUAAACUUCUUCACAUAGCGUGUUUUCCUUAAGUCACAGAAUGAAAAUAAGAACAUCGUACGAAUCCUCCGCCCUUCAUGAACACAAUGAUGUCUUUUUCAUGUCUGUACUUCGAAAAAUGAGGCCACAACAGCGAGUUAAAAAAGUCUGAGCCUGAGCGAUGAUCCGGAUUUUCUUGGAGAAAAAUAACAUUAUGGUCAAUGGGAGAGAUUUCCGCCUUUUUUGGACAGUUGGUCACCUGCUGGCCAAGGGGUAGGAUUUAAUGAUUUGAAACCUCUUUUGUGAGAAGCAGGACACAUAUACCUCCAUUUUGAUGUAUUAUUUGUGUCAGUGGAGUGAGAUUUGUGGGCGUGGGAGCGAUAUAUUCGAGCGAGGUUCUGUCGAUCAGAGACGAGGUCUGCACUCUAGCUGAUGACAUCAUCACUCUAAACUCUCCAAUACACACCCAUUAUAAAGCUUGAAAUUUGCUGAAAACCACAAGUUGCUUAAAGCUAAAUUGUGGAAAAACUGUAAGAGAUAUCAAAAAACUGAGUACAACUAUAAUAGUCGACAAGUAAAUGAACAUUUUAAAGCAAAAAUGAGGUCUGUAGGUGAAAGUAUGCUGAAGUUAUAAGGUCUAGAAGGUGGAAGAAUAAAAGGAAGAAUUGGAAGAUUUCCCCAUUGACUUCAAUGUUAAAAUUUUUGCACAAAAAGUUAAAAAAAACAAAAAGUAUAAAUGUUAGAAAAGUGAAAAGUAAUAGCAAACGUGUCCUGAAGGAGUGGAAUAGUUUAAAGUUUGAACGGUUGAAAUCGCACAAACUGGGAAGGAGUUGAAAGCGGACGAAAAACGGCGGAAGAAUAAUAAUAAUAAUAAUAAUAAUAAUAAUAAUAAAGAAACGGGAGAAUAACAAUAAGUGGAAAUGCCUAUCAGCAUUUCCACUUAAAAAGAAACAGGAGAAUAACAAUAAGUGGAAAUGCUGUGUCAGCAUUUCCACUUAAUAAUCGCCAACACCCGCUGCUCAAACGGCGUGAGGGUCUCCUCCCCCGGACCCCCACCUGUCUGGCCGGUACUCCUCCGGAGGGCAGCUGUACGCCGCUUGACCUCCACCUUGAGGUCCGACCACUUUUUUUGAAUCUCCCCGGGGAUGCGUGUCUCGGAACCCACCGCGUCCACCCUCUCGCAAACUUUCUCCCACUCCAAGCGUUUUCGUUUUGCACUGACGCCACUGGACAGGCUGCCAAACAAAACACGCUGUCGCUCCUCCACCUCUGCCACCAGCACCUCCACCUCGCACGCUGUAAAUUUAGUUUUUCUUGUCAUUUUGUCUGCGUGCGAGGACAGGGAGACCAUUUUUAAAUAAAUCUGCAUAUUUGUAGGUGGGCGUAACGGGGGCGGGCCCAGUCACUCCGAAAUCUGCGCUCAAUUCCACGCUGAUUGGGAUUUAUCAAGGAAACACACGUGGCUUUCGGCGCCCGCACACCUUGAUACAUACAGAUUUUUUUCAGCGUGACGGACCUUGCAUGCGCUCGUUUCUAGUAUGAGUCCCACGCAAGUGUUGAUACAUGAGGCCCCUGAUCACAUUAUCACUGAUAAUGUUACUAUUAUUGAGUGGGAUUGCAAAGCAUUCCCACUAUAUGUUAUUCAUAUCUUUAUUAUUAUUAUUGAGUGGGAUUGCGAAGCAUUCCCACUAUAUGUUAUGCAUAUCUUUAUUAUUAAGUGGGAUUGCGAAGCAUUAAAAUCACUCAUUGAUAAUGCAUUAUACAAUUCUUCAAACAAACUUAAAUUCAUUCAAACUGAUUCAAAUCUUUCUGAUUCUUCAAACCUCUUUUACUUCCAGAUUUUUAAUCAUUUUAAUUUUCCAGUUUUAAAUCAUUUUCACUCUUAAUGCAUUAUUCAGUUCUUUCAAACAAGUUACAACUCAUUUGAACUAAUUCAAACCUUACAGAUUCUUCAAGCCUUUCCUGUACUUCAGGGUUUUUAAUCAAUUUUAUUUUCACACGUUGAAUUUUUAAAAUUAUUAUUCAUGCAUUAUUCAAUUCAUUCAUCUGAGUUUAUUCGAAUUGAUUCAAACCUUCCUGAUACUUCAAACAUUUUUAUCUUUCACAUAUUUUUAAAAAUAGCAAUUUUAACAGGAGCAAUCCCACUUGCAAUUUCUUCAGAAAUUGCAUUUUCUAGUUAUUAUGAUUAUUAUUUAAUCAUGUUAACUGAAAUAGAUUAUAAUUAAUCAUCAUCAUAAUUAAUCAUUGUUAUCAUUAGUAUUUUUAUCAUGUCGUACUCUAGAGCUGAAGAAGAAAAAACUUUAUUUGUUUGUUAAAAAGGGUUAAUACAUGACAAAACUCUUCCUGUUAGCUGCUCCUGUUAGCGGCUCAUCCUAGCUGCUCCUGUAAGUGGCUCCUGUUAGCGUGAGUGAUGGCGAAUCUUCUGCGUUGGCGCAUUUAUCAUGUCAGACUGUCGAAAAACAACAUGGCCGCCAUCCUGUUCCUCCUGUAGAUGGCCAAGCUAACAUUAGCACUGCUGUUUUAUGACCUGUUUGUAACCUCUGACCCGCGACAGGAAGUUACAUCAGCAGUUUGAGCAAUACAAGGACCAAGUGAGGAAGCUGGGGGAGGAGCCUCAGGUGCCCUCGGCGGCAAAGGCAGAGUAUCCCACAUGUGGAAUCUGUCAGAAGACCAAGUUCGCAGACGGCUGCGGUCACGCCUGCUGCUACUGUCAGAGCCGCUUCUGCGCUCGCUGUGGGGGGCGUGUCCAGCUGAGAGCUAAUAAGGUUAGUGCAUGUCUGUGAGAAGGUAGGAUAAGAGGAGGUAGGAAAGAGGACAGAGGAGGUAGGAUAGAGGAGAGAGGACAGUGGAGAUAGGAAAGAGGAGAGAGCACAGAGGAGGUAGGAGAGAGGAGAGAGGACAGAGGAGGUAGGAUGGAAGACAAAGGAGGUAGGAUAGAGGAGUGAGGACAGAGGAAAUAGGAAAGAGGAGGUAGGAAAGAGGAUAGAGGACAGGGGAGGUAGGAUAGAGAACAGAGGACAAAGGAGGUAGGAUGGAAGAGAGAGGAAAGAGGAGGUAGGAUAGGGGAGAUAGGACAGAGGAGGUAGCAUGGAAAAGAGAACAGAGAAGGGAUAGAAGAGGUAGGAGGGAAGAGAGAGGACAGGGAACAUAGGGUGGAUAAAGGAGGUCGGGUAGAGGAUAGAGGACGGGGGCAUAGGAUAAAGGACAGGACAGAGGAGGUAGGAUGAAGGAGAGAGGACAGAAGAGGUAGGAUAGUGGAGAAAGGAAAGGAGGUAGGAUAGAAGAGAAAGGACAGAGGAGGUAGGAUAUAAGACAGAGAAGGUAGGAUAACGGAGAGAGGUCAGAGGAGGUAGGAUAGGAGAGAGAACAGAGGAGGUAUGAAAGAGGAGAGACGACAGAGGAGGUGAAAUUGAGGUGGUAGAUUAGAGGAUAGAGGACAGAGGAGGUAGAAAAGAGGAGAGAGGACAAAGGAGGUAGGAUGAAGGAGAGAGGAUGGAGGAGGAAGGACAGAGUACAGAGGAGGAAGGAUAGAGGAGGAAGGAUAGAAAACAGGACAGGGGAGGUAGGAUGGAGGAGAGAGGACAGAGGAGGUAGGAAAGAGGAGAGACGACAGAGGAGGUAGAUUACAAGAUAGAGGACUGAGGAGGUAAAAAAGAGGAGAGAGGAAAAAGGAGGUAGGAUGGAGAAAAGAGGACAGAGGAGGUAGGCUAGAGGAGAGAGGACAGAGGAGGCAGGAUAGAGGAGAGAGGACAAAGAAGGUAGAAUAGAGGAGAGAGGACAAAGGAGGUAGGAUAGAGGAGAGAGGACAGAGGCAGUAGGAUGGAGGAGAGGGGACAGAGGCAGUAGGAUGGAGGAGAGGGGAUAGAGGAGUGUGGACAGAGUAGGUAGGAUAGUGGGGAGAGGACAGAGAAGGUAGAAAGGGGAGAGAGGACAGAGGAGAUAGGAUAGAGGAGAAAGGAUAGAGGAGGUAGGUUAGAAAAGAGAUGAUGGAGGAGAGAAGACAGAGGAGAUAGGAUAAAGGAAAGAGGACAGAGGAGGUGGGAGAGAGAAGUGAGGAUAGAGGAGGUAGGAUAAAGGAGAGAGGACAGAGGAGAUAGGAUAUAGGAGAGAGGACAGAGGAGGUGGGAUAGAGGAGAGUUUUGGUUCAUAAUGAGUUUAGACUUGUUGGGUCAAAUGACAGUAAAUGACAUUAUUAUUGUAUUCACUUAACUGUCAACACCUGUGCGUGUGUGUGUGUGUGUUUUUGUGUGUCUGUUUCUGUUUUUGUGUGUGUUAACUUGUGUGUGUUAACGUGUGUGUGUGUGUGUGUGUGUGUGUGUGUGUGUGUGUGUGUGUGUUUGUGUGUGUUUCAGGUCAUGUGGGUGUGUAAUGUCUGCAGGAAGAAACAGGACAUUCUCACUCAGUCGGGGGAGCUGCUUACUCGAGGGGUUUCCUACCCCCCCACUCAGGGGCCUCCAGGGGCCCUCAGACCCCUGAGUAACGGGGCCUCAGAACGGUGAGUCAACAGGGACGGACAGGUGAACAUGAUCAGGUACAGGAACCUACGACUCUAAUCUGCUCUCUGAUUGGUCUGUUUUUUUUUUUUUAUGACAGGAGGUCCAGCCCCUCUUUGUCACAAGAUGAUGGUGGGCAGGUCAAGACCUCCCAAUCCCCCUCUGAUUACAGUUGUGAGAGACUUCCUCAUUCAUCACAUGACUUCCAGUGCAGCAGGAGGGAGGAGCCUCUGUGCCGUGUGCGACCAAUCAGAGAUGAUCACAGCUGCUGGUUCUCACAGGUGAGUCUAACUGGUCAGGUGAGGGUGAGGGAGAGAGGACAGAGGCGGUAGGAGGAAAGAGAAUGAAGGACAGAGGAGGAGGUAGAAUAGAGGAGAGAGGAUAGAGAAGGUAGGAUAGAGGAGAGAGGACAGAGAAGGAAGGAUAGAGGAGAGAAGAAAGAGGGGUAAGGAUAGAGGAGCGAGGACAGGGGAGGUAGGAUAAAGGAGAGAGGACAGAGGAGGUAGGGUGGAAGAGGUAGGAUAGAGGAGGUAGGAGGGAGGACAGAGGACACAGGAGGUAGGCUAGAGGAGAGAGCACAAAGGAGGUUGGAUGAAGACGAGAGGACAGUGGAGGUAGGUUGGAGGACAGAGGAAGGUGGAGGACAGAGGAAGGAGAGAGGAAGGAGGACAGAGGAUAGAGGUGAGAGGAGAUAGGAUGGAGGAGAGAGGACAGUGGAGGUAGGAUAAAGCAGAGAGGAAAUAGGAUGGAGAUGAGAGGACAGAGGAGGUAGGAUAGAAGUGUGAGGACAGAGGAGGUAGGAUAGAGGAGUGAGGACAGAGGAGGUAGGAUGGAGGAGAGAGGACAGAGAAGGUAGGAUAGAGGAGGUAGGACAGAGGAGGUAGGGUGGAGGAGGUAGGAUAGAGGAGAGAGGAGAGGGGAGGUAGGAUGGAGGAAGUAGGAUAGAGGAUUUUUGUCCAGUCAGUGAAGGAUUUGGGUUCCGACCCUGCCUCCGUGGUUACUCUUAGGACCAGGUUCAGGAUGAGCGAGAGUGGUGGCGGCAGCAGGAGGAGGAGUUUCAGGCCCGUUACCGUAGUGACCCGAACCUGGCCCGUUAUCCUGUGAAGCCUCAGCCGAGCGAGGAGGCCAUGAGGAUGUUAGCUCAUGUGGGGCGAGUGCGCCAUCAACGCCGCCACAGUGACGUUUCCCUGGCGACCUCUGAACCUGAUGACCCUUACUUUAGAUACGCAGGUACACACACCUGACUUCAAAUGGGAAUCGAACCGUCAACCUCUUCCUGAAACUGAACUCACUGUUUUCUUCACAGCUCACCAUCAGAACCGGCGUCAGGGGUUGGUCAGCCACAGAGGUCAGAGGUCAUUAUCUGUUGAUCGAGCAGCAAAUCACAUCAGUCCCACCUCCCCUCGCCGCAGCCCAUUUCCCCGGCAACACCUGGAUCCUGAGAGCGCCGCCCAGAGGGGGGGGAAGAUGUACGUGAUUGGCAGCUUCAGCAGCUCGGAGGAGGAGGAGCUUGUGAUCACGCCAGAAUACGGCGAGGAACCAGACCGUGAGUGACCACAUGAUAACGGUCUAGUAAGACCUGCAGGUACCCAGAACGGGUCUCAAGAAGCAGAGUGGUUUUGGAUUCUGUCUCUGGAUCCUGGUUCUGGAUCCUGGAUCUGGAUCUGGAUCUGGUCUCCUUGUUUGCAGUGAUGUUGUUUAGGUUUGCAGCUCCAUGAUUCAGAACCUGGUCCGACCCAAGAAACCCUGUUUUCCUCAUUCUGUUCCCGAAAUGUGGACCAACCAGAACCAACACAUCUGGAUCAGAGAGUUUGUUAGAGACCAGAGGCCUGGACUACGAAGCUGGAUUAACACAUCCAGGAUAACUCUGCGACAACUCGCUAAACUUCACCAGAUCUCCGCGAUCCCGAUCAGCUGUACUACGAAGCCGGUUAUCAACUCGAUAACUGAAUCCAGGUGUGGCCACUUCAGAUCUGUGCGCGCACACGUAAAGGGGGCGGGGUCAGUGCCACCUGACCAAUCUCCACAAUGGAGAAGGCUGCACGUCAUUUUUCACAGCCGAGGAACAGAGCAUUAUUUUACGAGGAGUACCGCAACAUCAUAACAGUGAGGAUCAGGACAGCCACAGCCGCUAAAAACCGGAGGGACUGCUGACAAAAAAAAAUCACCGGUUGUGUAAAUUACACAUUUGUGCGUUCAUAAAUUUAUGGCCCCUUAUAUGUUGUCAUGCAGCGUGUGUGAUCACCUCCAUCAUUAACCUCAUUAUUUCAGAUACAACAGCAGUGGGGAAAAGAGUACGUGGGAGCAAAUAAAAAUAAAUCUAAAAACAUCCUUUAAAGUAGUUUGUAAGUUUAUUGGAAGAUUUUAUUUGUACAUAUUUCAACGCGUAAACAGUGAUUUCCUCACACCGCCUUUUUUUCUUUUUUCUCCAUCAUCUGAUGGUCACGUCAUCUGCAGACACAUUUGGGGUUAAGAGGAGUUUUCUAAUCUGCUGCAAUAAAUUCUGAAUGAUGACUAACAAAUUUGAACCUGGAGCUUGGCAAAUAUUAGUGUGUUGCUUAGACUUCAUGCUACCUGAAUAUUGAGGCCGUCCGAGGAAAACCUGUAAUGUUCAUAGAGAACUUCAUCAGGUAAAUCAAAGGGGUUUGAACGAUCAUGAAUAUAACGCUCUCGGUGAAGCGCUCCUCUCACUAUCCGUGCAACGAUGUCCCCGGGAUCUGGCAAAAGUGGGCAAGCCAUUUUCCAAGAGAUCCGAUUGGUCAUUGGGCGGUUUUUUAUACCUGCUGAGAUCUUAUCUUGAAACAUAACCUGCUCCGGAGCAGGUUUGGCGUUCCGCGUAAGUUACCGGGGCAACGGACCCGGAUAAAAAGAGAUCCACCUUCGUAGUACAGAAAACCCAGAAGUUAUCCAGAAGUUAUCUUGCUAAGACCAAAUCCAGCUUCGUAGUACAGGCCUCUGGAGAGUUCAGGAUUUGGUUCAGUCCAGUUAAUUGUUCCAGUGAAGACCCAGGUUCUGGUUCUGUUCCUGCAGAAAUCUACUUCAGAGUUGAACCAUACCCUGAAGAUAUAAUGAACCAUGUUCCGGCUGGGUUCUGGCAUGGUUCUGUGUAUUGGUUCUUGGUGGGUUCUGGCAUGGUUCUGUGUAUUGGUUCUUGGUGGGUUCUGGCAUGGUUCUGUGUAUUGGUUCUUGGUGGGUUCUGGCAUGGUUCUGUGUGUGGGUUGUGGCUGGGUUCAGGCAUGGUUGUAUGUGUGUCCUGGCUGGGUUCUAAAAGGGUUCUAAGUGGGUUCUGGCUGUGUUCUGGCCUGGUUCUGUGUGUGGGUUCCCUGUAGUUUCUGUGUGUGGGUUUUGGCUGGGUUGUGGCAUGGUUCUGUGUGGGUUCUAGCAGGGUUCUGUGUGUGGGUUCUGGCUUGGUUCUGGCAUGGCUCUGUGUGUGGGUUCUGGCAGGUUCCUGGCAUGGUUCUGUGUGGGUCCUGGCAGGGUUCUGUGUGUGGGUUCUGGCUUGGUUCUGGCAUGGUUCUGGCAGGGUCCUGGCAUGGUUCUGUGUGGGGGUUCUGGCAUGGUUUUCUGUGUUAGUUCUGGCUGUGUUCUGGGUGGGUUCUGUGUUGGUUCUUGCUAAGUUCUGUGUGAGUUCUGGCAUGGUUCUGUGCGUUGGCUCUGGCAGGGUUUAGGCAUGAUUCUGUGUGUUGGUUCUGGCUGGGUUCUGGUAUGGUUCUGUAUGUGGGUCCUGGCUGGGUUCUAGCAUUUUUUUGGUGUAGGUUCUGUGUGGGUUCAGGCUGGGUUUUGUGUGUUUGUUCUGGCUGGGUUCUGGCAUGGUUCUGUGGGUGGGUUCUGGCAGGUUUAUGUGUGGGUUCUUGUAGGCCUGGACGAUAUAGAAAAAAAGCAUAUCGAUAAAAAAUAAAUCAUAUUGAUCGAUAUCGAUAAUUAUCGAUAUAAUUAUUAUAGUUAUUUAACAUAUAUUUUAAUUGCAGCCCUGGAUGUUUUAUGCUAUUGCUUAAUGACCUACUUUUAAUAAAGAACACACAAGCACUGAAUUCAAAUUCAAACCUUUAUUCAACCACCUUUUUUUUUUUACCACAACUGAAAGUUUUUUAAAAAAGAACUAAAAAAAAAAAGAAAUCAACUUAAGGGGCCUGAGUGACGUCAGUAAAUACUGACAAACAUAAAGACUAAAGUGACCAGAAAAUCUGAUAAAUAAAUAUUUAAAUAGUCUUUUGAUGAAAAUAAACAAAACAAACAAAUAUAUAAAUAAACAGAAUAGCUUUAGGUGGGAAUAGCAUACUACCAGUUUUAACUGUGUGAGAAACUGCCCACAGCCUGGUGUCUGAACACUGAAAUAUUUCUCCCGGGGCCGGGAGAUUUAUUUUUUUAAUUAUCAUGUGAUUGACUUGAUACGCAAACUGAGCACGAGAAGCAGGACUUAUCCACGCCGGUGUUGUGUCGUAGAAUGCACCCCUGCCGAAUGCACCCCCUGCUAGUAGCCAUGAUCCAAAUACUCGCGUCUUUGUAAAAUAUGAGCUCAUUUUCUUCCACUUUAAGAAGCUAAUGAGUGGACGGGAUGCAUUCUUCUCACCUUUUCAACCCCUGACCCAUUUUCAUGCCUGAAGCGCUGUGUUUGAGAAAUACUUGCGGCCGGGCACUUCAUAUCGCGGGUCGAGAAUGGCUAGAAGCUGGUUGAAGCCAGGCUUUUCAACGGUAGUUAUUGGCAGUAUGUCCCUCGCUAUGAAGCAUGUUACUGCAUGGGUGAUGUCCUUAUGCCGCUCGGACGCUUUGUCGUAUUUUGGCAAGAAACGAAGUCCAGUUUGGUCUGCUUCACAUGCUUUGUGCUGGUGCUGGCAGCGGUUCCAGAGGAUUCCUCCUCCGACGAUGACGUGGAGCCGCGGCGCGGCCGACACAGCUCGUACUCCUGCGGGUGCGACCGGUUUAGAUGGUAAAACAAGUUGGUUGUGUUACCAGACUUGGUUUUUACCAAUUCUCUGCAAAUUUUGCAAACGACCGCUGUUAGCUUUUUGUCAGACUUCUAAAAACCAAAACACUGCCAUGCUGGUGAACUACUGACAAUGUCCUCCGCUUCUCCUUGCUGUAUCAUUUUUUCUAAUACACGUGCUGUCUGUUGUGGUUUGAUAGGGGCUGGGCUUGGUGCCGUAGUGUACCUGGGUCUGCGUUUGUGAUUGGUUGGGAGGAAGUAAUGACUGUAGUAAAAGCUACAUGAUAGGCUAUGAUGAAAAAGAAAGGGAAACUGUGUUUUUCUAUCGAACUUUUUAUCGACCCGUUUUUUUUCUAUCGCAGCACACGUCUAUCGAUCGAUAUAUAUUGUUAUCGAAUUAUCGUCCAGCACUAGGUUCUUGAUGAGUUCUCUGUGGGGGUUCUGUGUGUGGGUUCUGACAUGGUUCUGUGUGUGGGUCCUGACAUGAUUCUGUGUGGGUUCUGGCAUGGUUCUGUGUUUGGGUUCUAAGUGGGUUCUGGCAGGGUUCUGUCAGUGGGUUCUGGCAGGGAUGUGUGUGUGGGUUCUGGUUGGGUUAUGGCAUGGUUUUGUGUGUGGGUUCUGGCUGUGUUCUGGCCUAGUUCCUAGCAUUUGUUCUGGCUGUGUUCUGGCCUGGUUCUGUGUGUUGGUUCUGGUCGUGUUUCAGAGGGAACAGUGUGUAUUCUCUCUCUCUCUGACAGUAAUUAGAUCAGGGCUCUAAUCCUCUUAGAGUAGAACUCUGGGCUCAGCUCCAGCAGAACUCUGGGCUCGGCUCCAACAGGUUCUUUUUCAACAGACCCAAGAGGGAUCCCACUGACAGAGAACCUGGUUCUGACAGGUUCUUGCUGGUUUGAAGAGUUCUGGAGCUGUUCUCUAAGACCCGCUGGGGUUCUCUCAGGUCCACAUCAUGAACCUGUUCUCAGGUUCUGUGCAGACCCGGUUCCUCAGGGUUGUGGUCUGUGUUGUUUCUCGGGUCAGGUUUAAUCUGCUGCCCUUGUCUUAUUGGACCAGAAGUCACCUGGUUCAGGCUGAGGACCUCUGAUUGGCUGGGCGCUUCUUGGCUCCUCCUCCUGGGUCUGGAGGUGUCAGAGGAGCUCAGAGUCUCUUCAGCCACUGACUCGCCAACACCUGAAGGAAAACCCAAACCAGCAGAGUCCUGACAGACCCGGAUCCCUCUCCCCAGAACUCUGGUGGACCCUUUGGACCCGUGUUUUGACCCUGGUUUUGACAUGUCUGUUUCUGAGCGGACUCUUUAGUCCUGGAUUGGAUUAAAGGAGGAGAGAGUGGAUUAGCCGCCGCCGCUCAGGACACUCUGUGGUCACCCAGGAAUAGAAACACCAACAACAACGGACAACUGGACCAUCAACCAGGACCAGAACCUGUCAGAACCACAGGUGGACCAGUGUCUGUGAAGAACUGGGUCUAUAGAGGUCCUCUCAGAACUCUGGACUAUGAGAUUUUCAUUAGGAGAGGGUCCAGAUCAAGCUAACAGCCUCCAUGUUUACUCACUAACCAAUCAGGUUUCAUCAAGACUUUGCUAGGCUAACAGCGGGCUAACAGUCAGCGCUAACGGUCAGCGCUAACAGAGGGAGGGGCGAGUAUCGGUGCUCUGUGAUUUGGCGUUUUUUAAAUAAAGGUUUAAGUUUGAAUAAGCCUGAUGCUAACAUGAGCUGAGAGCAGCUCUGAUAAUCUCAUUAUGAACGGCUCUGCAGCCUGCAGGCAGAACUCAGGGCACACAGCACCCAACCAAUCAGAGGAGAGGAGGAGGAGGAGGGGGGCGGAGCUUCACCUGCUAACUCUCAUCUUUCUCCUCUUCCUUGCCUGAAGCCUCUCCUCCUCCUACUACUCCUCCUCAUCCUCCUCCUUCUUCUUCUUCUUCAUGGCCAUCAGGCAGACCUGUGAGUACUGGGGUCUGGGUUCUUCUGGGAUUCUGUCUAGGUCUGUCUGAACCCCCCCCCCCCCCCCCGUUGUUCAGUUCUUCUGGUGCAGUUGACUUUAUUUAUUUAUUAAUUUUAUAUUUAUGUAUUUUUAUGUAUAUAUAUAUAAAUAUACAUAUAUAUAUAUACAUAUGUAGUUUCAUUUAUUAAUUUAGUUUUAUCCAUUAAUUAAUUAGUUAAUUUAGUUGUAUUUAUGUAUUUAUUUUUAUUUAUUUAUUUAAUAUUUAUUUAUUUUUAUAUAUAUUUUUAUUAAAAAAUUAUUUCUUAUUUUUAUUUAUUCCUAUAUUUAUUUGUUUUAUUCUUCUUUUAUUUCUUUUAUUACUUUCUGUCUUUAUUUUUAUUAAUUUAUUUAUUAAUUAAUUUUUAAUUAUUUUUUAUUUAUUUAUUUUUAUUCAUUUUACUUCUAUGUUUCUUUAUUUUAUUAGUUCCUUUAUUUCUUUCUUUAUUUUCUUAAUUAAUUAAUUUAUUUAUUUAUUUAUUUAUUUUUAUUUUAUUUAUUUUUAUUUAAUUCUCUUUUUCUAUUUAUCAAUUUAUUAUUUAUGUAUUCCUUAUUCUUUUUUUAUUUAAUUAUUUUUAUUUAUUUAUUUAUUUAAUUGUUUUUAUUUAUUCAUUUCUAUCAUAUCAGAUAUCAUACAUUUGUGUCAAAUUAAACAAACAAACAACCAAACAAGCCUGUCCAAUCAGACUAACAUAUUUUCCAGUUUAUUACACUCCCUUUAAUUUUUAAAUAUGUAAAUUCAGAACAUUUGAACAAUAAAUGUCUCAUUUCCUCAUUUUCCUCAGAUCUACCAAUAUCAGUUUUCAGUUGUCCAAGUACUUUAAUAGUCUGGUACUUGAUGUAUCAGAGGUAUUUAGAGCAGCUCAGCUCUCAGUGCUCUUAUAUAUCUGAUCCACCAACGUCUCUUAAAUGUCUCUGUCAUCUCAGAGCGAAUGUCAGUCUCUCCAUCAUGUAAAUUUCCUAAACAGUUCCUCGCCGGUCUUCCAGUGUCGGUGAGUUGGGUUGGAACCACUUCCUUGUUAUCGUCUUCUUUGCUCCAAUCAGUAAGAUAUUCAUUAGAUAUUUGUCUGCUAUCACUUGAGUAUACAAUGCCAUGGUACUGAAAUACAUUCAGCUUACACUAAAUUGUCUAGUUAUUAGAGAUAUGUAUUCCAGACAAUCAUGAAGAUCACGCCAGUAAGGCAAAGGUUUCGGACAAUCCCAAAAUAGAUGAUAAUGGUUAGCUGAAUCCAAACCACACAUCCUCCAACAACUUGAUGUUUCUUCUGAACCAGUGUUAUAAAAAAUCUCAUGACGUUUUUCCAUCCAAAUUCCCCCCAGUUCUGUGAAUUUGUGGUUUUCCACUGUAAUUUACAGAUAUCUUCCCAUUCUUCCUCAGAGCUGACCAAAUCUCUCUCUUUCCCAUCGACAUUUAAUGUGUUGAAAACUUUUUUAUAAUCUAGAUUUUAAUUUCUUUCCAGAUUUGUAAAUUGAGACAAAGAUCUUUAGAAUAGAACUCGUCAAGACUGUAUUUAAUCAAUGUCUUACUUGAAGAUAUCUGAAAAAAACAUAUUCCUUUUUGAGAUUGUCCAAACUCUUCACUGACCCGUUAUCCAUUAAGCAGCAAUAAACUGUAAGACCCUUUUUUUCCAUCAUCCAUAUUUUAAAUUGACUGUCUGUCCGAUUUGAAAUCAAAUCCAUGUCAUAUUUAAACCAACAUGACAUGUUUCCUGCACCUUUUAAAUUGUUUUUCUGAAGUAUUUUACGCCCUCAGAGUUAUUUUUAUUCGUAAGACUCUCAGUUCUGUGUCAUUGUUGACGUUUCCUCUUCACAUGUUCUCAGGUCUGCAGCAGAUCCAUGAGCCCCCCCUGAUUGUCCUCCGAGACCCCCGAUGGACCCAGCCUGGGUCUGUCCCACCUUUAAUCCGACCUCUUCUGUCUUUGUCUCGUUGCUAGGAGACAUGGACAGCCAAUGGUGGGAUCAUGGUGCCUGGCAGAGCGAGCCUGCGCCGUUGUCCAUGGUAGGGCUAAGCUCCGCCCCUGACAUUAAUCACCAAUCAGCUAACUCGUCUAAACUUCUAUUGUUGAUGAUUUUGUUUAAAAAUCACCACCUGUCUUCACCAGCAUCCAGUGUCAUGGCAACCAUCCAAAGAUGGAGAGCGCCUGAUUGGUCGGAUUCUGCUGAAUAAGAGGAUGAAGGACGGCACAGUUCCUGCAGACGCUGGAGCGCUGCUUGGACUCAAGGUGGCGCCCCCAUGCUCAGUCUCAGGUGUGUCUCAGGUGUACACCUCACUCAUGGACAUGUCUUCCAGGUGGUCGGGGGGAAGAUGACAGAGUCGGGGCGUCUCUGUGCCUUCAUCACGAAGGUGAAGAGAGGAAGUCUGGCGGACACUGUAGGACACCUUAGACCAGGUAAACUGCCACUCUGCUAACGGGGAUGGUGAGGUCAGGUGGUUUCAGACGCUCUAACGGAAAACCUUCGUCUGUUCUCAGGUGAUCAGGUUCUGGAGUGGAACGGACGGGUUCUUCAGGGCGCCACUUUUAACGAAGUCUAUCACAUCAUCCUGGAGUCAAAACGAGAACCCCAGGUUGAACUGGUGGUGUCCCGACCAAUCGGGUGAGUCAUAGAACACAGGAGAUUGGCAGUCACAUGAUCAGGGUCGGCCAAUGACAGGGAAGCUUUUAGAUCAGAGUGAAAAUCAGUGUUUUCAUUUCAUAAACAAAGUUCAGUCUGAUUGUUGGUUAGAGUUUGAUGUCCCUCCCCCUGUCCGAUCAAUAACCAAUCAAACACCUUAACAAAGUACCACUUUUGUUAAAAACAUUUUUUCCCUUUUUCAGUGACGUUUCCAGAGCUGCAGACGGUCCCCUCAUCCCGCUGGACUCAAGUGAGUUAAAAACAAACACAAUAAAAACACACAAACAGACACACAAAAGACACACAAAACAACAAACAGGCAAAGACAGACAACCAUGAGGACACAUGAAACUACAAACAGACACACUAAACAACAAACAGACACACAACAGACACACUAAACAACAAACAGACACACAACAGACACACUAAACAACAAACAGACACACAACAGACACACUAAACAACAAACAGACACACAACAGACACACUAAACAAUAAACAGGUACACAAAACAACAAACAGACAUGCUAAACAAUAAACAGAUACACAAAAGACAACCAUGAGGACACACAGAGAUGGACAGUGAGACAAAAAGAGACAAAAAACACAAUCAUCAACCAGGUAGAAACAAAAAUCCAAAAAACAACAACAAAGAAACAAAGAGACAAAGAGAGAGAACAGGAUCUAAGACAAUCACAACAAGAUACAUGAAGACACAAAAAUCUAGAAAAAUCACAUCUAACCACAGAAACAUAGACAUAGAUCUGAUAGAUGUCCUCUGUCCUGGUCUCCUCAUGUUCUCUGUGGUUUCCCAGUUUCAUGUAGAUUGUUUAUUGUAGAUUUCCCCCUCUUCUUCUUCUUCUGCGUCUCAUUCUAUGUUCUUGAAGUUCUGUGUUCUAUGUUUUUUUAUGUUCUCCAUGUUCCUGUUCUAUGUUUCUCUAUGUUCUGGUUUUAUGUUAAUGAUGGUUCUCUUCUAUGUUCUCCAUGUUCCUGUUCUGUGUUCUUCUACGUUCUGGUUUGAUGUUUUUCAUGGUUCUCUUCUAUGUUCUCCAUGUUCCUGUUCUGUGUUCUUCUACGUUCUGGUUUGAUGUUUUUCAUGGUUCUCUUCUAUGUUCUCCAUGUUCCUGUUCUGUGUUCUUCUACGUUCUGGUUUGAUGUUUUUCAUGGUUCUCUUCUGUGUUCUCCAUGUUCUGCGCUUAGGUUCCCUGUUGUCCAGUUCUAUGUUCUCCAUGUUUUUGAUGAUCUUGUUUUUUGGUUCUGUCCCUGUCUCUUUCCUCAUGUCAGUGCCUGUUGUGCUAUGUUCUCAUCUUAUGUUCCUGAUGUUCUGUGCUCAGGUCACAUGUUUUACUGUUCAACGUUCCUCUAUGUUCUGGUAUUAUGUUAAUCGUGGUUCUCUUCUAUGUUUUUAUGUUGUAUCAUAUGUUUUGAGGUUUUCUAUGGUUCCGUUCUGUUUUCCAUGUUUUGGUCCUAUGUUCUCCGUGUUCCCCAUGUUUCUGUUCUACAUCUGUUGAGUUCCUGUUCUACGUUCUGGUUUUAUGUUAAUCAUGGUUCUCUUCUAUGUUCUCCAUGUUUAUGUUCCUGAUGUUCUGUGCUCAGGUUACAUGUUUUACUGUUCUACGUUCUUCUAUAUUCUGGUCUACAUUCUGGUCUUAUGUUGUCUAUGUUCUGGUUCUAUGUUCUUCUACGUUCUGGUUCUACGUUCUUCUAUGUUCUGGUCUUAUGUUGUCUAUGUUCUGGUUUUACGUUCUUCUAUGUUCUGGUUCUAUGUUCUAUAUCCUCAUGUUUCUUAUGUUCUGUGCUCAGGUUACAUGUUUUACUGUUCUACGUUCUUCUAUAUUCUGGUCUACAUUCUGGUCUUAUGUUGUCUAUGUUCUGGUUCUAUGUUCUUCUACGUUCUGGUUCUACGUUCUUCUAUGUUCUGGUCUUAUGUUGUCUAUGUUCUGGUUUUACGUUCUUCUAUGUUCUGGUUCUAUGUUCUAUAUCCUCAUGUUUCUUAUGUUCUGUGCUCAGGUUACAUGUUUUACUGUUCUACGUCCCUCUAUGUUCUGGUCUUAUGCUAAUCAUGGUUCUCUUCUAUGUUUUCAUGUUCUAUCGUAUGUAUUUCAUGUUUAGGUUCCUUAUGGUUCUGCUCUGUUUUCCAUGUUUUGGUCCUAUGUUCUCCGUGUUCCUUGUGUUCCUGUUCUACAUCCGUUGAGUUCCUGUUGUAGGUUCUAUGUUCUGGUCUUAUGUUCUUCUAUGUUGUGGUUCUACGUACUUCUACGUUCUGGUCUUAUGUUGUCUAUGUUCUCGUUCCAGGUUCCAGCUCCUUUGAAUCUCAGAAAGUUGGUCCGUCCAUCUCAGUCACGUCUCCCAUAAGCCCUGGCAUUCCCUCUGGCCAAGUCUCUGUAAGUUUACCCAACAUGCAUUGCAACACCAGAGGACAUGUCCAACAGUUCUCAGUUUACAGACGUUUCCAUGGUGAUGUGUUUGUUUCAGACUGUAAACACUCGUCCUCUGGUUCCCAGGAUUCAGGUAACCGUAAAAUCGGAGAAGAAUGAGACGUCUGUUUAUUUAGUUUUAGUUAGCGAGUUAGCGUGAGCCCAUCCCACCAGCUAGAACCAGUCAGAACUGGAACCAAAGUCUUGCAGACCAGUAGAACCCUGUAUGUUGGUGAGGUUCUCUGUCUGUUCUGUGUGGUUCUGUUCUGUGCCGUCCUGCUAAUGUUUGACCGAUCUUAGUUCCUGUUCCAAAUAACUGACCUCAUGUUCUGCACAGAUAAAGAUCCUGUCCUGCUAAAGGUUCCUGAGGUUCUCCCUGGUUCUCCUUUUCUUGGCUCUGGGCUCUUUAGGGUUCUGCUCCCCCCGUGCCUGUUCUGAUUUUGACCUUUGACCCCAACAGGUGAAGCUGUGGUAUGAUAAAGUUGGUCAUCAGCUGAUCGUCACCAUCUUGGGAGCCAAGGAACUUCCUGUCCGAGAAGAUGGCCGACCGAGGAACCCCUACGUAAAGAUCUACUUCCUGCCCGACAGAAGGUACGUAAAAAAACAAAGACUGACUCAUUUAAGGUUCUUAGUUCUCUCUGGUUACAGGGUUCUGCCGUAAAACGCGGUUUUAGACUCCGUCUUCUCUCCUCACAGCGAUAAGAGUAAACGGAGAACCAAGACGGUCAAGAAAUCAGUGGAACCUCGUUGGAACCAGACCUUCAUGUACUCCCCGGUCCAUCGACGGGAGUUCAGAGAACGUAUGUUAGAACUGACGGUCUGGGACCAGGCCCGGGUCCGGGAGGAGGAAAGCCAGUUCAUGGGGGAGGUGAGAACCCAACAAAACCCACAACAGAGAACAAACAAAUAAACCGAUAGAGCAACCUUCAGAGAGAACAAAUAGAGGAACUUAAAAAGAACCUACAGAGAACACAUAGAGGAACCUAAAGAGAACCUACAGUGAACACAUAAAGGGAACCUAACAAGAACCUACAGAGAACACAUAGAGGAACCUAAAGAGAACCUACAGAGGACACAAAGAGGAACCUAAAGAUAACCUACAGAGAACACAUAAAGGAACCUAAAGAGAACCUACAGAGAACAAAUAGAGAAACCUAAAGAGAACCUACAGAGGACACAAAGAGGAACCUAAAAAGACCUGCAGAGAACACAUAGAGGAACCUAAAGAUAACCUACAGUGAACACAUAGAGGAACCUAACAAGAACCUACAGAGAACAAAUAGAGAAACCUAAAGAGAACCUACAGAGGACACAUAGAGGAACCUAAAGAUAACCUACAGAGAACACAUAGAGGAACCUAAAAAGACCUGCAGAGAACACAUAGAGGAACCUAAAGAGAACCUACAGCGAACACAUAGAGGAACCUAAAGAUAACCUACAGAGAACACAUAGAGGAAGCUUAAGAGAACCUACAGUGAUCACAUGACAGGAAAAAGAUAACUUUUCUAAACCCCCCCCCCCCAGGUUCCGAUCGAGUUGGAGCGCGCUCUGUUGGAUGAUCAGCCUCACUGGUACAAACUGCAGCUUCAUGAUAUUUCGUCUCUCCCACUGCCCAACGCCUCCCCCUAUCUGCAGAGGAGAGGAAUGCAGCCUGAACCGCCAGACACACUGAGCAGCAGGAGGCUGCAGAGUGAGACACACACACACACACACACACACACACACACACACACACACACACACACACACACACACGCACACACAGAGAGAGAGUCCUGCUGUUUGUUUGCUGUUUUUUUUAGUCUGAUGUUUGUUUUUUAUUUGUGCGUCUGUCGUUUGUGAUUGUUGUGUGUUUGCUGUGUGUUUGUUUGUUUGUUGUGUGUUUUUUGGUUGUUGUGUGUGUAUUUUAUUUGUGCGUCUUUCGUUUGUUGUGUUUUUAUUUGAUUUGUGUGUCUGUUGUUUGUUGAGUGUCUGUUGUGCGUUUGUUGUGUGUUUGUUUGUUUGUUGUGUUUAUAUGUAUAUUUUAUUUGUGUGUCUGUCAUUUGUGUUUGUUGUGUGUGAUUGUUGUGUGUUUGUUUGUGUUUAUGUGUGUAUUUUACUGGUGCGUCUGUUGUCUGUUGUGUGUUUGUUUGUAUAUUUGUGCGUCUGUCAUAUGUGUUUGUUGUGUGUUUGUUUGUUGUGUUUAUGUGUGGAAUUUAUUUGUGCGUCUGUCGUUUCUGUCUUGUUGAUUUUUUCCACUUUUCUUCCAUGAUGCUUUGCCAGACAAAGAUGUUAACUGUAACUCAGGUAAAAGCAGCGCUCUGUGUGUGUGUGUGUGUGUGUGUGUGUGUGUGUGUGUGUGUGUGUGUGUGUGUGUGUGUGUGUGUGUGUGUGUUGUUGUGUGUGAAAGUGUUCAAGUGUCACAGGUGUUUGUGAGUCAGGUGACUGGCCGGUCUGAGAGGUGAUCCAGGUCCAGCUGUGGUCCAUGUUCAGGGUUUUUGAUGGUCUCUCUGGUCCUGGGAGGACUGAAGGAUCCUGGUUGAAGGUUUUAGUUGGAGUCAGGGUUUUGAUUAUUGCUCUAAAGCGUUUUUUCACGGGCUGAUUAACCCGAGAAGACUAUCUCUGGGUGAUUUUCCCCCAGUGACCAGACAUGUUUUUAUGUGAUUUUCAUUAUGUCGCGUUUGUCUGACUAUCAUGGGUCCCUGGGUAGCUUCAGAAUUUCCUUUGACAUCUGUGAAGGCAUAUUUGUUUCCCUGAUCCAAAACCUGCUUUUUCCUACAGGCACAUGUUCACAGGGUGAUUUUCACCCGAGAUAGUGAUAGGGGGUAAAAUAGGUUUGGGUGGAUUUGAUAGCUGCAUGUAGGGAAUAAGGUCAGUAACAGUGGUCUUGGAAUUUACAUGCUAUCUUUACUUAGUGCAGUGGUUAUUAAUAACUAUCACAAAGUAGUGAUUUUCAAAGAAAUUCAUAUGGUGAUAAGAAAUAUUUGAGUCAACUUGUCAUUUUUCACAAUGGAGUAGUAGGGCAACAUUAAGAAUGAAAAAUGUAAGACUUCAAGAUUAAAGUCAUUACUAAUGAGAAUAAAGUGGUAAUAAAAUCAUUGUAUACUAACUAGGCCUGGACGAUAUAGAAAAAAAGCAUAUCGAUAAAAAAUAAAUCAUAUUGAUCGACAUCGAUAAUUAUCGAUAUAAUUAUUAUAAUUAUUUAACAUAUAUUUUAAUUGCAGCCCUGGAUGUUUUAUGCUAUUGCUUAAUGACCUACUUUUAAAAAAGAACACACAAGCACUGAAUUCAAAUCCAAACCUUUAUUCAACCACCUUUUUUUUUUUUUUUACCACAACUGAAAGUUUUUUAAAAAAGAACUAAAAAAAAAAUAAAUCAACUUAAGUGGCCUGAGUGACAUCAGUAAAUACUGACAAACAUAAAGACUAAAGUGACCAGAAAAUCUGAUAAAUAAAUAUUUAAAUAGUCUUUUGAUGAAAAUAAACAAAACAAACAAAUAUAUAAAUAAACAGAAUAGCUUUAGGUGGGAAUAGCAUACUACCAGUUUUAACUGUAUGGGAAACUGCCCACAGCCUGGUGUCUGAACACUGAAAUAUUUCUCCCGGGGUCGGGAGAUUUAUCUUUUUUAAUUAUCAUGUGAUUGACUUAAUACACAAACUAAGCACGAGAAGCAGGACUUAUCCACGCCGGUGUUGUGUCGUAGAAUGCACCCCUGCCGAAUGCACCCCCUGCUAGUAGCCAUGAUCCAAAUACUCGCGUCUUUGUAAAAUAUGAGCUCAUUUUCUUCCACUUUAAGAAGCUAAUGAGUGGACGGGAUGCAGGGGUGCAUUCUACAGCACAACACCGGAACGUAUUUCCUCCGCACCCUUCUCACCUUUUCAACCCCUGACCCAUUUUCAUGCCUGAAGCGCUGUGUUUGAGAAAUACUUGCGGCCGGACACUUCAUAUCGCGGGUCGAGAGUGGCUAGAAGCUGGUCGAAGCCAGGCUUUUCAACGGUAGUUAUUGGCAGCAUGUUACUGCAUGGGUGAUGUCCUUAUGCCGCUCGGACGCUUUGUCGUAUUUUGGCAAGAAACGAAGUCCAGUUUGGUCUGCUUCACAUGCUUUGUGCUGGUGCUGGCAGCGGUUCCAGAGGAUUCCUCCUCCGACGACGUGGAGCCGCGGCGCGGCCGACACAGCUCGUACUCCUGCGGCUGCGAUCGGUUUAGAUGGUAAAACAAGUUGGUUGUGUUACCAGACUUGGUUUUUACUAAUUCUCUGCAAAUUUUGCAAACGACCGCUGUUCGCUUUUUGUCAGACUUCUAAAAACCAAAACAUUGCCAUGCUGGUGAACUACUGAAACCUUUUUUCGGGACAAUGUCCUCCGCUUCUCCUUGCUGUAUCAUUUUUUCUAAUACACGUGCUGUCUGUUGUGGUUUGAUAGGGGCUGGGCUUGGUGCCGUAGCGUACCUGGGUCUGCGUUUGUGAUUGGUUUGGAGGAAGUAAUGACUGUAGUAAAAGCUACAUGAUAGGCUAUGAUGAAAAAGAAAGGGAAACUGUGUUUUUCUAUCGAACUUUUUAUCGACCCGUUUUUUUUCUAUCGCACCACACGUCUAUCGAUCGAUAUAUAUUGUUAUCGAAUUAUCGUCCAGCACUAAUUCUAACCUGCUGUUUAAGAUGACAGCUGUUGAAAUUAGAGUCAUGGAGCAUUUUGUGAAAAUGUACCUCAAUAUGUGUUUCUCAAACAAGGAGAUACUUCAUCUUUUGGCACAUCAGCACCACAUAUUCAGAAGUAUCUUCAUGAUUUUAUUACGACUUUAUUCUUGUAAGUAAUUACUUUAUUCUCGUAAAUUAAUGACUUUUAUCUCGAAGUCUUAAGUUUCUUUUUUCUUAAUGUGGCCCUAAUACUCUGUCUCCAUUUUUACUCACUCCAACUCUGCCAUAUAUCGGUUCUCUCUCCUGCAGCUGUUAUUGUGCCAAGGACCCUGAGUCUUCACCAGGGAAGACUCACAAAAGAAAACUAACUUUACAGUUUAUAUAUUAUUUUUAGGAUUUUUUGUUGAUGAAUGCCUAAUUUCAGUUAUUUUGUAGCAUUUUUAUAUGGUCCCCUCAUGGCACUUUCCCCCCUCCCUUUGAACAUGAAACUAAAAAUAAAAGAAAACGACUUUAAUUUGUCAAGCAUGUUUUGUCCUAUUUUGAUAUAUUUUGAUGACAAGAACUUUUUCUUGGGUUUAUUAUUUCAGGUAAAAAUCACAGAUAUCAAUAGUGAUGGUGUUAAUAAUUUUAGUGAUAGUGUUUAAGGAGGGCCCAGGUAGUCCAGUGGUACUCUCAUGGUCUUUUGGUCCAAGGCCAACCAAAGGCGGUGGUUCCAGAAGACUUCCUGUUGCUCUGUUGGAGAAGAGCUGGCCUUCAGGGUGUAUGAUCCCCAGGAACUCGGGGGGCUUUUCUUGGUUCCCCCUAAAUUGGUGAAGGGUUAAUUCUGGGGUUCGAAGUGUUCUGGUUUAGUUCUGAUGGUCCAUGGGUCAGAUCCUGAGGUUCUUUAGAAAGUCCGGGAACCUGAGGACCUUUUUCUCAGGCCACUUCCUUAAGGGGGUCUGAAACACGAAGGUUUUAGAGGAUGUUUGGGUUCCACUCUCUCUCUCUGUGUCCUGGGGGGUUCAGAUGAUCCUUACAGAGAUUUUUAAGGUUCCUGUUUGUCUUGAAGGAACUCUAGAAGUUUUUUAGAGGACCUGGUUUUACUGAGAACCUCUUAUUCUGGUCCAAGGACCUGAGGAUGAUCUGAGUGCAGUUCUUGAGUGUUCCUGUAUUGUCUGAGUCUGAGCGCGCUCAGCGUGUCAGAUUAGUUGACCUUCCUGUAGAGGAUUACUGAAGAGCUGCUUACAGGAUUAACCCCCCCCCUCUGCCCCCACAGGGUCUCAGAGGAUCAGUGACGGCGAGUUUUCAGAUUAUGACUGUGAAGACGGCAUCGGGGUGAUAUCAGGUGAACUCCAUAUCCCAUCUUGCACGGCGUUACCCCAGUCAGACUCAGUUGUGAUAAUCUCUGUUUACAGAGUCGACCAAAAAUAAAGAACCAGGGUUCAGGUCAAGCUCAGUCAGAGCCCAAGCCUCAAUGGGACCCUCAGCAAAAUGUGAUUUUCGGGCCCUCUAUUUCUGCCAAUAAUAUUGAUUAUUAAUUAUUCACACACCUUCACAAAUCUCUUUGAUUGACAUUCCCUGACAUGCAAACAGACCUUUAUCUUGUGGUGUGUCCCUAAUCGCAUACUUUUAGUACUAAAUACUUAAAAUUUGGAGUAUACUCAACGAAAAAUGGAAAAAAGCAUGAAUAGCAUGCGAAAACUGAGUAGGCAAAAGUACCUGGAUGACGUACUCGAAUCGGUCAAGAUUUUGAGUAGCCGACUGUGGACACUUGCCGCACUCAUUUCAUCAGUAAGAAUGGCUGCAGACAGCUGUGGUGCCAGUGGGUCGGCGACGGUCGACCUGGUAGCUUUGUACAGAUGUAAUAAGUUGCCUUUUACACAUGUUCUUUCCACCAAGCACCGCCAGCAUUUAUCGUUUUGAGUAUAUUUGUGGUGUAAUCUGGGUAACCUGUUUGUCUUUUACCGUGAAUCCUAGUUAGCUCAUUAGCUAGUUAGCUUGUAGCUGCUGGGUUCCGAAGUGUUACCUGUGGCGUAAAAAUGAGCGAUGAACGUUAAUUUUGUUGCUCAUUUUACCUCAAAAGUGGAUGAACGAGCGCAAGCAAAAGGUGGUGGUAAUUAGCUGAUGCAGAGCUAGCUGGCGGCGCGGCUUACUUGGGACAACACUGCACCCUUGAAACUCAAGCACUAGGCGAUUGAGUACAUAGUAUGCUUAGAAUACUCAAUUUGAAAAUCUAAGUAUUUAGGAUGGAAGUAUGCGAUUUGGGACACACCAUUGGCUUUUUUUCUCCUCCUCCCUAUUUCUUUUCCCUGCUCCUGAUGGAUAUGUCCUUUUUUUGAGACAUUUGUUUUGACCUACAUCUACCUGCUCUUUGGAUGUUCAGUGCACAUUUCACAGCCGGAGGAACAUGAUGGUAGAGAAGGUUUGACAUAUCAGCAGUAAGAAUCAUAGACCUACAUCAGCACUAAAAUGUUUUUACUUUAUUUUAUUUUUACAAUAAUAUAUAUGUGAUCAUGCAGAAAGCAUCACUCAUACAUGAAAAAAAUUAUUAAUAAAUAAUAAUUAUUAUUACUAUAUGUUGAUUGCUCUCGGGGGCCCCCUACUGGCCGCGGGGCCCUAAGCAGGUGCUUAAGGUCCUUACACACCGGGGCCGACACGAAUAAUAGAAUGCAAAAUUGCAAAAUAUUCGGGGGUGAAUUUUGAUGGGCCUGUCUAUACACAUCAAGCCCAAUGUGAUUUUGCGACUUUCAGGGGGUGAAAAAACGCAUCCCGGGGAAAGUCCCGCCUCCUUUGCCACUGAUUGGCUAGAAAAGCCGGAAACGUCAUCACACGCUCAAGCCAAACGGUCAGCACUUAUGGCCAAUCAGAGGCGAUAAGAAAAGCACAUGAAACUAUGGUAACAAUCGUUAGCUUACGUUAGCACAGAUGAAAGUUAAAACAAAGGCGUUACUGCUGAAGCACACAAAACAUCGUCAUCUGAGAAAUCCGGCGCCAUGUCCUUCAGGUCGUUAUCUUUGUAAUGUUUGUGUCUUUUAUCAAAAAGCACUCUGUUCUCUGACACGUAAACAAUCAGCCGGUCGGCCAUGUUGGAUUUACCAGUGAAUCUAACGUCGCAACAACACGCUAUCUGAUUGGUCAGAAGUGGACACACAGUAUGUGAAACUUUAGAAAAAUCGACCGUGAUCCGAAAAAAAUAAAUGCUGCAAUAUCGCAGGAUGGGAAGACGUCGCUGAUGUGAUCGCUUGUAUUGACAGGAUAUGAGUUCGAAAAAAAUAUUGAUGUCCAAAAUAAUCGCACGAAAAUAACGCUCCCAGUGUGAAAGGACAUUUAGUUUGCUUAUGCCUUGGGCCUCUGGACCCUGAUCCAGAUCUUGUAAUCUUGAGUGAAGUGGUCCAUGACUGUGUCUGAUCCUCAGACCAAAACCUACAAAAACUCAGAAACUGGAGGGGGUCUGGAUUUUAGUACACUCUGGUUGACCAAUCAGAGAUCAGCAGGUAUUAGAGUCUGAAAGGAGAGAUGAUCCACCACAGUCAAACCGAACUCCAACCAACAGAAGAACCACAGUGAACUGUUGGACUCACCACAAACUGAAGGACUGGUUCCAGUCCACCACAGGGUCAUUUCAAUGUCAAAGGUUCUGGGAUUAUCCAAGACCUCUUUGAGGUUCAUUCAGAGGUCAUGAUGGUCAUGAUGGUCUUUGGUUGAACCUUUAGAGUUCCAGUCUCUUACGGUCUUUCUCUGUUGGUAGACUAUCGGCAGAAUGGACGGGACUUCCACAGCUCCACCCUCUCAGUACCAGAGCAGGUGAUGAUGUCCAAUCAUUGCUCCAGAUCAGACCUGGUCCGGAUGAGGUCACGCUCACCGAGCCAACCACCUCCUCACAGGUAACCAGCUGUGUGUGUUUGACCCCGACCCUUUUAACUGUCUGAACUCUGAACCCUGACCUUUAACCUUUGGUUGCCAGUGGUAACCCACUGUAUCCGUUGUACCGUGAGGAUGCCGUUCGGCUGCUGCGAGGCUCAAAACUGAGCCGAGCCUACUCUGACGCGGGCCAGUACAGCAGCCUGGACAGGUAACUACAGUGACCCCUGACCCAGGUCAUCUGACCACCGGCCAAUCAGCAUUCAGUCUGAACCAAAGAGUUUGUUACCCGUGUACCAAAAAGGAUCUGUUAACCCUGAUGGGAAGUAACCAUCAUAACCAGUCUAACCAGUAGACACAUAUCAGCUGAGUCACACUCAACCCUAAUUUCCACCACAUCCUGAACAGUUCUGAAAAGGUUGUGUCCUCCGAUCGUAGCUGAUCGUAACCACCGGCUUCUUUCCGUUCCUCUGCGGAUCGCUGGACUCCUCAGCUGAUCACAGGAGUUCUAUUUUUUCCGGACGCCGGAGCAUGCCGGAGAAGGAGAUGCUGAUUCUAGAAGUCUAGAAGUAGAUUUCCUCCUCAGGAAGGACACAAUCUACUGCUUAUAUGUCUAUGUUUCUGUCUUUAGAGAGACAACUCGUUAUUGCGCGAUUGAACAUGAAUUUGCGGGUUCUUGUUAGGCCUGCACGAUAUAUCUUUUGAGCAUCGUCAUUGCGAUGGCUGCAGACAUGUACGUGUGCGCAAUAGUCACAUCGCAGAGCCUGUGAUGUCGGAGGUGAAUGAACCCGGUUAAUUUCAAGGGUAACUGACUGAGAUACACUCCAUGUGACUCUACAUGUGCUUUGCAGCGAUCCACCAAUCACCUCUGUUCUUUACUCAGUUGCCAAUCAGACUCAGUUCUCAGUUGCCAAUCAGACUACCCUGCCAGCUGUCAAUCAAAAUCAGAGAGGAGGAAACCCACCCCUGCACAUGAUCUGCACAUGGAGUGAGUCGCUGGCGCUACCAGAGUUGUGCCGGGAAACGCGUGUCCGCUGAGAAUUACUUUUAGAACAUUCUUCAUCACUGUUUAGCCCAACAACUGUAUGGGUUUUAAAUUGUACAUUUCCGUGGACCACUCUACUAUAAGCAGUGCGCAUUUUGUGAGGUGCAUGCAAUUCUCGGAGGACAUGCGUUUCUCAGCACCCCGGGAACAACAACAACGAUCCCAAACUGAGCAACAAACAGAGAAAACCACCGAAGAAAAGGAAAGUCAGUUCUCUGGAAUUAUUUCGGUUAAAAGAAGGAUGAUGUCGACCAAAACACGUCUUCUGUGUUCAUCUGUUGUCACAAUAACGUCCCAGCACAAUAAUAAUAGCUAAAAAUAUCUCUAAGACAGACAGAAGCCGUUCUACUAACAUUCACAAAAAGAGGUAAGAUCAGAGCAGGUUAACUGUCCUCGAGAUUUCAGCAGUGCAGCAUAACAUUAAGUGCUAUUCAGGUCAUCUGGUGAAAAUUCCUGUAUUUUUUAAUAUCGCAAUAUAUAUCGUAGGGUUGAAAAAAAUUGCAAUGUUAGUUUUUUCCAAUAUCGUGCAGCCUUAGUUCUUGUGAGUUCUCAUGAUUACCGCUGUUCAUAAUCCACCACGAAAUUCACCUCACAAAUUCCGGUAGAAAUUGGCAUAUGGCAAAAUCGCCGCUGUUUCUGAUCUGAGAUGGUCCAGAUCAGGUGGAAAUUAGGGGUUAGGAACACUUAGGAACACCUGUCCUGUCAGGUAAGCCCCGCUCCUCUGAACCCAGGUCAGCGCUGGUUGCUGGUUGGCUCUGAUCAUAGUGCUGCUAUCGUACUAUAGUAUUGCUCAAAUUAUAGUACUGGUUGUAAUACUCUGAGCACUGUGAUGAUAUUGGUUGCAUUACUGGUAGAGAUACAGGUUGUGGUAGUGAUUAUAGUACUGGUAAAACUAGCAGGUAGUACUGUACUGUACUGAUAGUUUAUUGUAGUCCUGAGUGUGUGAUUUAAGAGGUUGUGGUCUAAGAAUUCUGGUCCUGCUCAGGGAUCCAGACAGAACCACAGAUCUCAGGUCCAGUCCAGGUUGUAGUACAGUUCUUAGUAACAGACAGUCUGCUUGUCUUUGUGUCUUUAGGAGGUCUCUUAGGAGGAUGUCUGUGGCCAACUCUCUCGAUUCUCAUGAAUGGUACUACAGCUGAAGUAGCGCUGACAGUUAGAGUCAUAAUAAUACUGCAGUGGUAGUAGUUUUUAUUACAGUUGUAGUCAUAAUACUGCAGUGGAAAGAGUAUUUAUUACAGUUGUAGUCAUAAUACUGCAGUGGAAGGAGUAUUUAUUACAGUUGUGGUAGUAAUAUUGCAUUGGUAGUAGUAUUAAUUACAGCUAAAGUCAUUUUACUGCAGUGGUAGUAGUAUUAAUUACAGUUAUGGUAUUUGUACUGUAGUAGUAAUAGUAUUUAUUACAGUUGUGGUAGUUAUACUGCAGUGAAAGGAGUAUUUAUUACAGUUGUAAUUAUAAUACUGCAGUGGAAGUAGUAUUUAUUACAGUUUUUGUACUUGUACUGCAGUGGUAGUAGUAUUUAUUAUUGUUUUAGUCGUAAUAUUACUGCAUUGGUAGUAGUAUUUAUUACAGUUGUGGUAGUUAUACUGCAUUGGUAGUAGUAUUUCUUACAGUUGUAGUCAUAAUACUGUAAUGGUAGUAGUUUUUAUAACGUCUGUGGUAGUUAUACUGCAUUGGUAAUAGUAUUUAUUACAGUUGUAGUCAUAAUACUGCAUUGGUAGUGGUAUUUAUUACAGUUGUGGUAGUUGUACUGCAUUGUUAGUAGUAUUUAUUACAGUUGUAGUCAUAAUUCUGUAGUGGUAGUAGUAUUUAUUACAGUUGUUGUAGUUUUACUGCAUUGGUAAAAUAUUUAUUUCAGUUGUGGUAGUUGUACUGCAGUGGUAGUAGUAUUUUUUACAGUCGUAGUCAUAAUACUGUAGUGGAAGGAGUAUUUAUUACAGUUGUGGUAGUUGUACUGCAGUGGUAGUAGUAUUUAUUACAGUUGUGGAAGUUAUAUUGCAGUGGGAGCAGUAUUUUUUUCAGUUGUGGUAGUUGUAAUGCAUUGGUAAAAGUAUUUAUUACAGUUGUAGUAGUUGUAUUGCAGUGGUAGUAGUAUUUUUUACAGUUGUAGUUAUAAUACUGUAGUGGAAGUAGUAUUUAUUACAGUUUUGGUAGAUGUACUGCAGUGGUAGUAGUAUUUAUUACAGUUGCGGUAACUUUACUGCAGUGGUUGUAGUAUUUAUUACAGUUGUGGUAGUUAUAUGGCAUUGGUAGUAGUAUUUAUUACAGUUGUAGUCAUAAAACUGUAGUGGUAGUAGUAUUUAUUACAGUUGCGGUAGUUGUACUGCAGUGGUAGUAGUAUUUUCUACAGUUGUGGUAGUUAUACUGCAGUCGUAGUAGUUUUUAUAACAUUUGUGGUAGUUAUACUGCAGUAGUAGUAGUAUUUAUUACAGUUGUGGUACUUAUAGUUGCAGUGUUAGUAGUAUUUAUCACAGUUGUGGUAGUUGCACUGCAGUGGUAGUAGUAUUUAUUAUAGUUGUUGUAGUUGUACUGCAUUGUUAGUAGUAUUUAUGACAGUUGUGGUAGUUAUACUGCAGUAGUAGUAGUAUUUAUCACAGUUGUGGUAGUUGUACUGCAGAGUUAACUGUAGCUUUUGCAGUACUCACCUUUUUGUUACCAUGUCACUCAGGUAUUUUAAUGGUCCAAUCCAAACUUCUUGGACGAAUCACAUGGUAAAUGGGAGCUGUGAGAACUACAGGUGAGCCUGGGGCAUUAUAAGAGUUGUAUGUUUAUUUUUGACCGGUCAGUCAGGGGUUAGAGUUCAGGUGUGUUUUUCAGGGGUUACCGUGGUAACGGUAAAGGUGUGUUUUUCAGGGGUGAAAAACACACCUUUACCGUUAUCACCCUCUUUUAGGGUGGUCAAGAGGUCAUCUGUUGGACACACCUGAGCACGCUCAUGAUGGGAAAGGACCACCUGUAGCUGCAGGUGUGUUGUGGGGUCAAAGGUCACUGAGGAUUUCUUGUGUUUUUAUUCUGCAGUCAGGACUUCAUCCCUGACUUCCCCUUUGACCCCGAGGCCUACGACGAGGAGCUGCUCAGGUACACCUACUGACCUUUGACCCCAGAUUUAGCUAGGUUUAGUAGGAGCAUUUAGCUUAAGCCCUAACUCCUCCUCCUGACCCUGGUCCGAGACAACUUCCUGCCCCAGCAGAGAAACAGGAAGUCGAAGUCAAACCUGUCUGUUCACAGACUCACCUGAGAGAACACACGGGUGUGCUUGGGCAGCACAGGUGUGUCUUACCUAUGUUCAUUCGAAGGACCUGCUCUUCUUUUUUUCCAUCAUCCUUUGCUGUUUGGCCUGAUGCCUGCUGGUGUUUGAUUUCCUGUUUCGAGUGCCUUCACUUCCUGUUAACUUGACUGUCACAGGUCAAACUGAUGGUCGAUGGUCAUCAUGGCGAUGAGACUGACUUUUUCCCCUACAGGUGAAGUGGUUGUUGUGGUAACAGCAGUUUAUAGUUGUCAUGGCGACGAGACUGACCCCCCCACACACACAGGUGGUAACCAUGGCUAACCGUGGUUGUCAUGAUGAUGUGCAGGUGUAGCCGCGGCAUGGACCGGAGAGAUUACUACAGUCGCUCUCGCUCAGCUGACCAGCGAGCAAUGACCGAUCGACCAAUCUACUCACGAUCCCACUCCUCAGACCGAGCUGACUCCGCCCACCUGAGAUCAAGACACUCUGCCCCCCCCUCACCUGCUUCAACCAGGUGACCCUCAGUCAACCAAUGGGAGCUGUGUUUGCAUGACGUGAUUAUUUUUUGCAGAAUCAUGACCUCCAUUUCAACUUUAACCCUUUAACCCCUUUUCUUUGACCCCCUCCAUCUUUGCUUCUGAUUGGCUCACGCCAACAUCACACCACAACCAGUAGAUUACUGUAUCUAUCUAUCUAUCUAUCUAUCUAUCUAUCUAUCUAUCUAUCUAUCUAUUUUUCUAUAUAUAUAAUUUAUCUAUCUAUCUAUCUAUCUAUCUAUCUAUCUAUCUAUCUAUCUAUCUAUUUUUCUAUAUAUAUAAUUUAUCUAUCUAUCUAUCCAUCUAUCUAUUUUUCUAUAUAUAUAAUUUAUCUAUCUAUCUAUCUAUCUAUCUAUCUAUCUAUUUUUCUAUAUAUAUAAUUUAUCUAUCUAUCUAUCUAUCUAUCUAUCUAUCUAUCUAUCUAUCUAUCUAUCCAUAUCUUUAUAUCUAUCUGUCUUUCCAUCUAUCUAUCUAUCUAUCUCUCUAUCUAUCUAUCUAUCUACACUCUAUUCGUCUGUCUGUCUUUAAGUAUAGAUAUACAGAUAUAAAUGUAAAUGCAUGUUUUCAUGUAUUCAAUCACAGCCUCCUGCUGAUUUGUUGUUUUGUUCUCUGGAUGUUUGUUUGUGUGUUCGGGAUGAUGAUGCUAACGUCGUCGUCGUCGUUGUUGAUUGUUUUUGUUUUUAUUUGUCAUUGAUCCAUCUUUAAUUGUCGGAGGGUUGUCCUGCUCUGACCUUUGAACUCUCUCUCCUCUGUUUGUUUGUUUGUUUGUUCAGGAUGAUGAUGCUUAUAUUGUCGUUGAUUUUUUUUUUGUUUUUAUUUGUCGUUGUUGAACUGUCUUUAGUCAUUCAAUCUGAAUGCAUAAAUUAUGCAUUGUUGCCAUGGAGACAAUACCUUUGGACGUCACUGAUUGGUUAUCCAACACUUCUCAGAAUGUCGAGUGUGAAGUCGCUCGUUUUUUUCCCUUUUAGCUGAGAUCGUAGAAUAAAACAUAACCCUCCAUGUAUGAUGACCUCUGACCUUUGUCUUGGCAGCUGCUGAUUGGUUCAUUUCUGUAUUUUUCUAAAACAGGGCAAAUCCUCGCGGUGGAUCAACCCAGACCAGUCCAUCGGGGACACCUGUCUGCAGCCGCUGGGGACGCCAGCUGCCCAUCGUCCCCCCCAAAACAGCUCCAGACAGAAGUAGGUCUGACCUUCAGGUGACCCCAAAGUCUGACAGACAGCUGAUGGCAGGAAACACAUGAUGCCCUUCAGAAUAAAACAGUUUUUAUCUGUCUAUAUGCUGAUGACACUUAGCUGUUGUAAAGAAUCCUUACCAUAACAUCUGUCAUCAGACAACAGCUGUUUUUAUCAUGAUGGACAGACAGAUUUUUCAUGAGAACAACUCAAUUAUAAAAAUAAUUAAAAAUGAUUACAGCUGUUUCAUUCAGGCUUUGAAAGAAGAUGGUUGUGAUGGUCUUUAGGAAACAGACCCCAAAGAAAGAAGGGAACACAGCUGAGAAAAUAAAAGUUCAAACUGCUGAAUGUAAAACAGAGGAAGAGAGUCCGGAACUCUUAAGUCCUGGUUUCAGUCCAAACAGUCCAUGUUUCAGAAAAAAUUACCCUCACAGUGUUUUUUACACAGACAGCUGAAACUCCUCAAUCGCUCUAUUUUCAUGCCCACCGGCAGCACGGCGGAGGGUGGCGCACCCCACGCAGUGGUAUUUUUGUCUGGCAGAGCCUGGCAUUGUUGUGGAAAAUCCAGCAUAAACAAUGCACAGGAGACAGGAUGAGAUCUGAAGAACAGCCUGGGCACUUUAAUAGUACAGAUGUAGAAAUCAGUACAGAUGACAAACAGAGUCUCGACCAAGACCGAAGGAAGCCUCCCUAGCUUUUCUUCUACUCUCUUUUAUGCUGUUAGGUGUGUGUGUGUGUGUGUGUGUGUGUGUGUGUGUGUGUGUGUGUGUGUGUGUGUGUGUGUGUGUGUGUAUUCUCCAGAAGGCCCCUCACGAUGACAUGUCUGCCCCUCAACACUUUGUUUAGGCUCAUCUUGACCCUGGCAGAGAUUAAAUGUUCCAACAGACAGAUAGUUCGGGCUCCUGAAAGACAGCCUUGCUUAUAAUCUCAUGGUCGUGAGGCUGCAGGAUCAGGCCAACCUAGAUUAUUUGUAGCUUCUUACUAACAGAUAAUUACUCUACAUUUCUUAACUUAAAUGUAUGAAGAGAUUCCCCUUCACAGUCCCCCCUUUGAAAGUUCUUACUUUCAUAAAAAACCUAAUCAUCAUAUCAAACACUAAACAUCCUUACGUGAUUAAAAUAGAACAUGUUCACUAAAUUCUAAAUGCUAUGUGUACGAUUUGCUGCAUGUAAGACUUCAUAAUACCACAUGAAACAAAAAUCAGUACCAUACCAUACCAUAGCUAGGAUCAUUUCAAAUUAUAUCAGCGCGUAAGACUGAAAACCCUGCUCGGCUGUUUCAGCAGGGAAAGAAUCUUACGGCCCGCGCCCUGGCGACCAUUCAUUUCCUGGAUGCGCUGACAUAAUUUCAUUUGCAUAGAAGAAGUGUCAACUUCUGAUAAUACCAUUACAUUACAUUGUAGCAACCUGCGACAAACCCCUUGAUUAGUAUGUGAUUAACCCCUUGAUUAAUAUGUGAUCAGUGUAGUCCUUUAACUCUGCGAAUGAAACAUGUUCAGUUCAAUAUCUCAGCUCAUUGAAUAUGUUGUUUGCGUUGCUCAAAGUCCAUUGCUCAUCUUCGUCUCCUUCAAAGUCCAGGAACCGUUCAGGUCCCUCAGUCCCUCCUUGAUUAAUCACACACUGUGCCAGCUGUCUUGGUGGCAUUUCCUGUAGUUCGUGGGCCAGUGUUAGGUCCACCAUAAGUCCCAUCUCCUCCGUCAGCUUCCAACAAUGUCUCCAAAGGAUGUGUACGAUGCGACAUGUGAGAAAGGAAAUCAGAAUUAGGGCUAUCGCAGCACUCAUGGCUGGGCCAAAACGGCUCUCAUUCAUCUAAAAUUUGGACCACCCAGUCCAUUAACAGGCCCCCCUUACCAGCAUUCUCCCACAUUUCCACUUUAAACUUUUCUAUACCCUCCAUAGCUUUAGAAAAACCUCCCCCAGGGGCUUGUUUUGUUUGAAAUGUAUCUGCAACAGUACUUUCAAAACUUUUAAGACACAUCUUUUCUCUUCAAAUACCCAAUUUAAUGCUUGUCUGUAUUGACAUGUUACUGGACUUGUUACAUGUAAAUAUCAUUUAAUCUAAACAUCUUCCCUGAAUAAUCAACAAAUGAAAUCAAACAAAAUCAAAUCAAACACAUCUUUCUUUCACAUAAUUACUUAAUUUUACAUUUAAAAAACAGUUCUUUUCUUAUUUGUAAAAAUCUGGCAAAAAUCCCCUUCCCAUUUACCACCUCCAGCUGUUAUUUUAUUGCCACACACGACUUUUCAGCAUUCAUUUUACUCCCUAUGUGAUAAAUUCAUCUAGAACCUUUCCUCCAAUAAAUCAGAUCUACUCAGUGUGUAAAAAAAAAAUCUUUUAAAUUUUAUUAUCUAUUUAACCUAAUUGUAAAUCUGUAAUAAUCUGUAAAUGUUGGCAUGGGUUCUAGCUCUGUCUGGAGUGGUGUGGAUUGUGUUUUGGGUUGCAUCGUACUCACCCGCGAUGACAAUGUCUCCCACUUCUUCUCACAGCUGUUCUGGCACCAGUUCGACCUUCACCCUCAUUGUUGUCAUCAGUUUCUCUCUCGGUCUCUCUCCAAACAUUGUCCCUCAGCAGCAACACCAGGAAAACUGUUACUUUCAGGACGAGUGCUCCAGUCAUUCUGGGAGUGUCUCUUAUCAGGUUAUACUUCCCUUGUUUUUUUCUGGGCAGUCAGCGGUAGAUGACGCCACAUCAUAUUGCCCUCUCCUUGCACUGAAGUAGAUUCACCAGGACCAAAGUGUUCAGGUCUUCUCCACGUUGUUUGUGCCAUCCUCCUCAAAGGACGGUGAUGUACACCUGGUGCUCUGGCUCGACUGGCCUCCACCUCUUGACUGGGAUCAGAUUUUGGCACUCCUCCUGCUAAUCAAUAGAUCUUUGCAUCGUAGUUAGCUGCCUCAUAUAUUUAAUUCACUAAUUUUCAGCUGCUCAAGUGAAAAACUUAAUUGUUUAGCCGCAGUAAAGCACAGCUUUGUAAGUUAGUAAUUCAUGCAGUAAAAGAUUUAUCACAGUGCUUUUGAUUGUGAAAGCUCAUAAGCGCAAGUAGCACAGCAUCGUCCUAUAAGUUAGUGUUAGUGCAAAUUCUCUGAUCUGAUAUUUACUUGAGAGAUUAACUUUCUUCCCCAAAAUGAUGUACCAAUUCAUGCAGUGAACAAGAUAUUUAAUUAGUCUCCCCCCUAUUUCUUUCUUCCUCUUGUUUCUUGCAUAGCUCGACCUGGACAUGCGUCAGUGUCCUCUCCCAAUCCUGCAGCUGCUGCGGUUGAAGAGAUUAUUUAUUUUAGUGAUCAGAUGAGUUAUUUACUUUAAGCCUACAUACGUGUAGCGAUUUGAAUUUAUGAUAACUGUCUGAAGAUUAAUAAUCUCAAAUUAUGACAUUUAUGCACUCGUUGAAUGGGGCACCACCCACCCUUAAUGGUGGGAAAAUAAAGAAAAACUAAAGUUUUAUUCAGAAAUCAAACAUCAAGUCAAUCUUUAAUUAAUCAGUCUCAUAUCUUUAGCCGAAAUAAUUAUUUCAGGGACUCCACUUCUGGAAGAACACUAACAGACAAGAACUUAGAAAAAUAACGAUCUGUUUAUUACAGGAUAAAUGAUGGUACAACACACGUGCAAUAAAUGAUGAUAAGAUAAUGAGGAUAAAAUAAUAAUAGGUGAAUAAAUAAAGAUUCUGAGUCAGGCUAGGAGCACUAAAGUUAAUGAUAGUGAGUGAAUAUGCGCUAACAUAUUAACCUACACUAACUUUGGUGUCGAGAUAAACUCGGAUGUGGAUUUGGAGGAAUCUAAGAUCACCAGAAUAAGUGGAUAUCUGAGCUAUGAACGCAUGAGACAGCACCAGCCCUGUUUGGAACUCUGGAGAUUUGCAUACUUAAGUGAGACUGGUCUUUGGAGAAGAUGGAGCAGGUUCCGAAGGUCCGGGCUACUGGCGGUUCGAGCGGUUCAGCUCAGAAGACGACUGAAGUCAGCCGAAGGAUGGGCCAGGAGUUGUAGCACUCGGGCCUGGAGUAAAGCCGGCGCCUGUGGAUCCUGUGGAUGCUCGUUUGAACGCUUCUUUGGUCUCACUCAAAAACUCUGGCACAGAGGAUGACCUGGGCCUGCUGGGUUGCGUUCAGAGGUGACUUUGAAAUCACGCAGAUAACUCAGGAAAAAAAAGAGGUUCGGUGACCAGUGGAAAUUAUUUCAAAAAUGGCUUCGCGAAAUUAAAGAAAAAUCAAUCAAGGGCUUAAUCUUGAAUUGCUAUGCGCACAAAAAGUUGAAGUUUCAAAACUUGAACUAAGACGAUGUUAAAGAUAAUCAACGUGAAUCAACACGUGGCGUAAAACUUGGAAGACUAAGAAAAAGUAAGACUAAAUAGUAAGAGCUAAGAGAAAACGAAAAGUUGAACUUAAGAGUAGAAGAGCAAGAAGAGGAGAAGAGAGUGAGCAACCCCACUUCACUGGUUUUAUCUUCUCACACUGGGAGUGUCUCUAGCGUGUGUGUGUGAGGAGAAAGAGGAUGGUUCAUGGGGUCUCUGAUUAUUUGAUCUAACUUAUUCUUUUGGCUGGUAAAAGAGUCAGAUCUGAUACUCACUCACUAUGAUUAAUAUCAUUGAAUGCUAGGUUUCAUGAUAAAUAAUUUGAUACUAAACACAUAUGAAUGAAGUGUAGGAUCACAUCAAAUAUUCUCAUUAUGUUUUAAGUAUCACAUUGAACAUGCUAAAUUACUCUGAAAUGAAGCAGAUAGUAACACAUGGAAACUGUGAACAACAAAAGAGUAAAUACAUGUGAAUGAACUUCAUCAUGAUUAAUAAUGGAUUCUAAAUACUCACAUUCAGAUUAUUCAAUGACAUUAUAACCACCUAAUGGUUAAAAUACUAAAUAAAUGAUUAAAAUAUAGACGAAACAUUUCUAAACCAUUUCUGUUACUUAGAGUAAAGUUAUGAUUCAUAGUCAACAAAGUUAACUCUUAAAAGUUCAUGAAACAGUCUGAAAAGCUGUUGGUUUAAAGAAACUAAAGAAUAAAGGAUUUAUUCUGUCAGAGUGAUAACUUGGAUUCUGGAGCACAUAGAAAAACGGGAAACAUCUCAUUUUAACACAAAUUUCAUGAUUAGACAGAUUAGUACAUUGCUGAAUGCAUAAGAUGUCAGAAUCAGUCAUUUGUAUUCUUUCACCAAAGGAAUACAGUUUUUAUCAGUACAUGGUUGAGCAGGGGUUUACGACCGAGGUGUGGAGGUCAGUGUCCCCCCUUAUCUUGGGGUCCGUAUGUUCACACACUUUAAAACGGUAAAUCUCAAAUGGGAGACCUGGAUUGAGGCAUGAAUGAUUAUUUAGAUGGUCAGCGAUGGCGUCAGUUUGAAAGGUAAUAAAAACUCUGUCUCUGUUCUCCGAAUUGACCGAUCGUGAAGAGUCAGAGGUUUGGUCAACCUCCAGUCAUGUCAGUUAGGUAACCUGAAAGUACAAACAAGUCUGGAAAGAUUUAUAUCCUGUGUCCUGGGACCAGAUAAGAAAACUUUCCUGCGAGGAAUGUGUGAGUUUCACAUACAGGGUUGUCUUGAUUGCUACAUACGAAUAUUAUAAUAUUCAAUUUUAUGAGCCAGAUUUAUUUUACAUGCCAACAUCUAUAAAAGAAAGAGCCAGGCCACGGAGCGCUAUGUGUCAUUCACACAGAUGGUUCUGAUUUUAAUGCCAUUAUUGGAAUUUAUGUUGUAAUCUGUGCGCACAACCCACCUUUGUCACAUGAGGUUUCAAUAUAUGCAACUUUAUGUGAUUGUCUUUAUUUGUGGAAAAGGGUGUUUGUCUUACCAGUGGGUCCAACCUUUCACACACCAAAUCCAUCUGUGCUUAUAUGAGACAGUGUGCAGGACGCCUAUGCCACGCUGCCGGCGAGGAACGAAAAUAGAGCCCAAAGUGUUGAAGGUUUAAAUUAGUUAGUGACAUUGGAGUCGCUUGAUAAGCUCGAUUUAAUUAGUUUAGUUUGGACGGUAAACUCAAACAACUUGAGUCAGAUUUGGUUGGAUGGACUCGCCCAGUCGACCUGACUUUGUUAUGUUAAUGACUUAAAAUCAAGUAAUUCAGCUGAAUUGUUGUCACAAAAGAAGUCAGUUUGGAUAAGUUCUGUUUAAGUAGAUUCAUUUGUUAGUCACAUAAGUUUAGGUAAAUAAGUAAAGCUCACUGAUUGGUCAACAAGUUAUGUGAACAUAGUUACACUGAAAUUGAGUUAGUGAGGUUGUUUAGAUAUAAUGGUGUUUGAUAAAUCCAUUAAGUUGGAUUUAUUGUUAGUUAUUAUUAUUAUUAUUUGUUACUGGAGUCAUGUUGGACAAGAAUGAUUAAACAAGUUGAAAUGAGUCAUCUUCGUAAAACAGUGUGGGUUAGUUAAAGUGGUUGGAUUGGUUUAGUUAAACUUGUUGAGUUAAAAUGAGUUAGUUACAUUAGUUAAGGAGGAUUGAUUAAAUUGGAUCUGGUUAGUUAAGUCAGUUUAGUUGAAUUGGGUCAGUUAAAUGAGUGAGGAUGAAUCGCUCUAGUUUAAAAAGUCAGGAGAGAUUUUUUUGGUUAACAAAGUCAGUUUGGUAAAGUUGUACUGGUUGAGUUCAGAACUGUCAUAUCAUCUCUUCUUUGUUGUUCAUCCCUCUGAUCACCUGUUUUCGUUUCUCUCACUCUCAUCUGUUUCUGUCCAUCAGUUUUGGCCACAUCAAUCUCAGGAGCACCAACUGCAGCUCCUCCUACUUUCCAUCACCAGCCCUCACCCCCUGACCCAAAACAAUCCUCCCCCUCUCUCAGUAACCAACCACCUCUUAUACGAAUCCAAGCCCCGCCUCCUCCUGGACCAGACAAAGCCCUUUCACCCGCCCCAGCGCCUGUCCAAGUCCAAGCCUUGCCCUCUGCUCAAACACCAGACCAAGACCUCCCUUUACCCGAAACACUGGUCCAAGUGCCACCUCCAGUGUCGAAUCAGACUCAAUCCCAGACUGCAGCACCCACUAAAGCCCCAGCCCCCGCAGCUGAGGUCCCAACACUGCCACCAACUGAACCUCCCCGUACACCUGCACCUGCCCCGACACCUCCCCCCAGCCCAUCACCCGCCCCAACACCACAGACUCCAGGUGUGUACGUCAAAGGUGUCAAAUGUGUGUAUUUUGUCCAAAUCAAUAGGACCAGCAGAUUCAAUAUAACCAAUAGAAACACAAUGGAACCUGUCACAUGAAUGAUGUCCAAAAGAAUGUUAGGACAAAUAGAUCCCCACAGAACCAAUAAAAGAAACAGAAACAACCGCAUCAAUGGAACUGAAGACACUAAAAAUCAAGCAACUAAUCAAAAUAGUGCCCCCGCAAGGAACAAACGAGCCCUAGCCUUGUCAUGCUGCCACCUCUUUGGACCCCCUCCCCAGCAGACCACUGCCCUGUUACACUGCCUGUCACCAAGGUAUCAUAGUAUUGUGUGAUCAAAAUGUCACAGUUAUUUUGAUAAAAUAUCAUGGUAUAGUUUUAAUAAAAAUGUCAUAGUAUAGUAUGAUAAAAACAUCAUUAUAUAGUAUGAUAAAAAUAUCAUAGUAUAACAUGAUAAAAAUUUCAGAUUUUAGAAAGAAGAAGAAGUCAUACUAUUGUAUGCUAAAAAUGUUCACAUUUUAGUAUAAUAUAAAUGUUAUUUACAGUAUGUUAAAAAAAACAGUAUAUAGUGAUAAAAAUACCUAUCUUUAAAUGGGCAGCACAGUGGCCUAAUGGUUAGCAUGAUCGCUUCACAACUGCAACAUCCUGGGUUCAAGUCCUGGUCAGAUAUAUUGUGAUAAAAGAAAUAAAAAAGGUAAAAGUGUAGUAUGAUAAUCAUCUCAUGAUGUCACAUUAUAAUUUUUUUAAUUUUAAAAUAAAAAAAUCAUUAUAUUGUAUGAUAAAAAAGUCACAGUACAGUAUGAGAAAUAUAGUAGUAAUUAUGAUAAAAAUGUCACAUAUUAGUGUAAUAAAAUUAUCACUGUAUAGUAUAAUAAACUUAUCAUAGAACCCUAUGAUAAAAAUAUCAUAGGAAAGUAUGAUAAAAAUAUCAAUGUUUAGUAUUAUAAUAAUUUCACAUUUUUGUAUAAAAAAAUAUUCAUAGUAUGCCAAAAAAUAUUAUAGUACAGUAUGAAAAAAUAGGCAUAGUUAAGUAUGAUAAACAUUUCACAUUUUAGUAUCAUAUAAAUGUAAUAGAUAGUACAUUUAUCAAAUCAUAGUAUAUAAUGAUAAAAAUACCUAUCCUGACAUGGAGAGCCGGUGGUGUUAUGGUCAGCACUAAUGCUUCACAGCCAGAGCGUCCUGGAUUCGAACACCAGCCACGUGUAGUGUGGUACAAAAUAAAGUCAGAACUAAAACAAUGAUAAACAUGCUAUAGUAAACUAAUGUAAAAAUUUUAGUAUGAAAAAAGUCAUAGUGUACUAUGAUAAACAUGCCAAAGUUUGUUUUCAUAGUAUCAUAAAAAUCAUAAAAAUUUCUAUUUUUUAGAAUGUAAAAAGUCAUAGUAUAGUAUGAUAAAAAUUUAAUAUUUUGGUAUACUUAAAAUAUCAUAGUAUGGUAUGAUAAAAAUAUCACAUUUCAUAUGAAAAAAUCAUAGUAUAGUAUGCUAAAUAUAUCAAAAUAUAGUAUGAAAAAAGUUAUAGAAAGAUAUGCUAAAAACAUCGUAGUAUAAAAUGAUAAAAAAUGUAAAAUUUUAGCAAUAAGAAAAACUAAUAGUAUUGUAUGAUAAUUUUUUUUUAACAUUUUAGUACAAUAUGAAUGUAAUUUAUAGUACAUUGAUAAAAUCCUAGUAUAUAUUGAUAAAAAUACCUACCUUGACAUGGCCGACACAGUGGUGUAAUGGUUAGCACUAACACUUCACAACCACUACAUCCUGUGUUCGAAUCCCAGUCAUGUAUAACAUUCUAAAAGUAAAGUAAGAACUAGAAAAAGUUAAUGUAUCAUACAUACAUAUCAUGGUACAACAUUAUAAACAUUUCUAAUUUUCAUAAAGAAAAAAAAGUCAUUGUAUAGUAUGAUCAAAAAGUCAUAUUACAGUACCUAAAAUGUAAUAGUGUAGUAAGAUAGAAAUAUCACAUUUUAGUAUAAUAAAAUUAUCACAGUAUAGUUUAAUAAAUAUAUCAUACAAUACUAUGAUAAAAAUAUCAUAAUAAAGUAUGAUAAAAACAUUAAAGUAUAGUAUGAUAAAGAUUUCACAUUUUAGUAAACUAUAAAUGUAAGAUAUAGUAUGUUACAAAAAAUCAUAGUAGAUAAAGAUCAAAAGAUUUACCCUGACACUGGUGGCACAGUAGUGUAAUGGUAAGCACUAUUGCUUCACAGCCAGAACGUCCUGAGUUCCAAUCCAGGAAAGAUAUAUAUUGAUAGAAAUAAAGUAAAGAAUCAAAAAGGUCAAAGUACUGUGUGAUUAACAUGUCAAAGUACGCUAUUGUAAAAAUUUGAUCGUAUUGUAAUAUUGUACGAAAAAAUGUGAUAGCUUUAAAAAAAUGAUAGUUAAGUAUGAUAUAAGUAUCAUAUAUGAGUAUGAUGAAAAAAGUCCUAUUUAAGCAUGAAAUGUUUUUUCAUAACUUAGUAUUAAAAGAAAUGUCAUGGUAUAGUAUGAUAAAAAAUUUCACAGUUUGAGGGAAAAAGUUUAAUUUUGUAGUCCAAAAAAGUUCAUUGUUUAAUAUGAUGAAAAUGUCAUAGUAUAGUAUAAUAAAAUCUGUCAUAGUAAAGUAUAAUAAAAAUGCCAAAGUUAGAUACGAUAAAAAUUUUAUUUUCAUGUGUAAUAAAAAAUGUCAUAGUAUAGUAUUUUAGAAAUGUCAUAGUAUAGUUUGAUAAAAAAGUCAAAGUAUAGUAUGAUGAAAAUGUCAUUGUAGAGUAUGAUAAAAAUGUCAUGGUAUGGAAUGUAAAAAAUUUUACAUUUCAGUGUAGAAAAAUUUAAUGGUAUAGUAGAUAAAAAAUAUCAGUUUAGUAUGAUCAAAAUGUCAUAGUAGAGUAUGACAAAAAUGUCAUAGUAUAGUAUGAUAAAAAUGUAAUAUUCCAGUGUAAAAAAUGUCAUAGUAUAGUAUGAUAAAAAUGUAAUAGUAUAGUUUGAUUAAAAAAAUGUCAUAGUAUAGUAUGAAAAAAAUAUUAUAGUAAAGUAUGAUAAAAAAUAAAUGUUUUUAUGUGAAAAAAAGUUUAUUAUUUUGGAAUGUAAAAAAUAUAGCAUACUUUCAUUAAAAUUUCAUAGUUUAAGUUGAAAUAAAGCAUAUUUUAGUCAUGGUUUCGUAUGAUAAAAAUGUCAUAGAAAUCAUUAAAAUUUUAUAUUUUUGCAUAAAAAGACGUUAUAUUUUAGAAUUUAAAAAUGUCAGUGUAGUAUGAUAUUAAUUUUAUGGUUUGGGGAAAAAACAUUUUUUAGUGUAAAAAAGUCACAGUAAAAUAUGAUAAAAAUGUCAUAGUAAAGUAUGAUUCAAAUGUCAUAGUAGAGUAUGAUAAAAAUGUCAUAGUAUAGUAUGAUAAAAAGUCAGUAUAGUAUAAUCAAAAAGUCCUUUUUAGCGUGUAAAAAAAUCAUAUUUUAGUAUGAUAAACAUGUCAUAGUAUAGUAUGAUAAAAAAAAGUCCUAUUGUAGUGUGUAAAAAAUUUAUAUUUUAGGAUGAUAAAAUGUCAUAAGAUAGAAUGAUAUAGAUUUUAUGUUUUAAGGGAAAAAUAAAUUCAUAUUUGAGUAUGAAAAAUGUCUUUGUAUAGUGCGUUAAAAAUUCUUUAUUUCUGUGUAAAAAAUGUUAUAUUUGCAUAAGAAAAAUCAUAAUAUAGUGUGAUAAAACUGUCAUAGUAUAGUUUGUAAAAAAUUUCAAGUACUGGUAAAAGAAAAAAAUCAUAGUACAAAAUAAAUAAAUGUCAUAAUAUAGUAAGAUAAAAUUUCGAAUUUAGGUAUAAAAAAAUUUCAUAUUUAAACAGAAAAAAAAUUGAGUAUGAAAAUAGUAUGAAAAACAUAGUAUAAAAAAUGUCAAAGUAUAGUAUAAGAAUUUCAUAUUUAAGUAUGUAAAAAAGUCAUAACAGAGAAGGUUAAAAAUGUCAUAGUAUAGUUUGUUAAAAAUUUCAAAUUUUGGUAAGAGAAAAGUUUUAAAUUUUAGAAUGAAAAAAAAUGUCAUAGAAUAGUAUGGAAGAAGGUGUCAUAGCAUGGUAUGAUGAAAAUUUUACAUUUAAGUGUGAAAAAAAAUCACAUUUUAUUAUACCAUAAAUAUACCAUAGUAUACUAUAAAAAUGAUCCAGUAAAUUAUGAUAAAAAUGUUCUAUUAUACGAAAAAAAAGUAUGAAAAAUUAUCAAAAUAAAGUAAGAUAAAAAUGUCACAGAUUUUUGUAUGUAAAAGACGUCAUACUAUAGAAUGAUAAAAGUGCCAAAACAUUGUUUGUUUAAAAUUUCAAAUUAAAAUGUCAUAGUACAGUUUGAUAAAGAACUCAUCUUUAUCAAGUACGUUAGGGCAUCUACUGUAAGAGAUCUCGUAUUAUAGUAUGAAAAAUAUACCGUAGUACAGUAUAAUAAUAAUGUCAUUGUGUAGUAUGAUAAAAAUGUCAAAUUUGGUGGGAAAGAAAAAUUCAUUUUAAGUAUAGAAAGAGUAUCGUAGUAAAGUAGGAUAUGUCAUAUAAAGAUUUCAUAUUUUAUUAUGAAAAGAAAUUCAAUAUCUUAGUAUGAAAUGUCAUAGUACAGUUUGACAAAAAUAUCAUAGUGAAGUUUGUUAAAAAACUAUGUUUAAGUGAGGAAAAAAGUCUUAUUUUAGUAUGGAAGAUGUCAUAGUAUAGAAGGAAAUGAUUUUAUUGUAUAGUAUGGAAAAUAUAUUAAAGUAUUAAAAAAGUCAUACUAUAGAAUGAUAAAAAUGUCAUAGUAUAGUAUGAAAAAAACAUAUUUAAGUAAAAAAAAGUCAUACUAUAGAAUUAUAAAAGUGUGAAAGUAUAGUAUUUAAAAAAAUUAAGAUUUUGGUGUGAAAAUUUUCUAAAUUUUUGUAUAAAAAAUUUCAUAGUAUAGUAUAAAAGAAAAUGUCAUACAAUAGAAAGAUAAAAAUGUCACAGUAUAGUAUGAUAAACAUUUCACAUUUUAGUGCGAAAAGAAAUUCAUAUUUCAGUAUGAAAAAAAAUACCAUUGUAUAGUAUGAUAAAAAUGUCAUUGUAAAGAAUGAUUAAAAUUUCAAAUUUUGGUGAGAAAAAAAAAAAAUUUUUAGUAUAUAAAAAAAUAGAAUUGUAUGGUAAAAAAAUGUCGUAGUCUUGUAUGAUUCAGAUUUCGUAUUUAAAUCUGAAAAAAUUUCCAAUUUUAGCAUAAAAAAUUACAUACUAUAGUACGAUUGAAAUAUAGUAUGAUAAAAAUUUCAUAUUUAAUAUGUAAAAAAGUCCUACUAUAGAAAAAUAGAAAUGUCAUAGAAUUGUUUGUUUAAAAUUUCAAAUUUUGGUGAGACAAAAAAAUCAUAUAUUAGUAUGAAAAAUAGCACAGUAUAGUGUCAUAAAGAUGUCAGAGUAGUUAGAUGAAACAUUUCAAAUUUUACUUUGAAAAAAAAUCAUAUUUUAGUAUAAAACAUAAUGUCAUAGUAUAGUUUGGUAUAAAUUUCAUGUUUAGGUGUAAAAGGUGUAAAGGAUUACUCAAGAGAUGGCUAUGAAUUCAUUCAUUUUUUUAAUAUAUAUUGCGUUUGUUCAUUACCUUAUUGGCUAAUUGUUUUAGUUAAUUCAUUCAUUCAUUCAUUCAUUCAUACCUAUCUCCCCGUCUCUCUGUCUACCAUCUGACCUGUGGGCUGCAGAGCCUGACAGACGCUCAGCAACACCUGGAGGGACCAGGAAAGGUGAGAAGGGGGCCUUAUGAUACAUUCAGGUGUGAAUGGGUAAGGGGGUGUAGGUGUAGGUGUUAGUGUUAGGGGGUGUAGGUGUUAGGGUUAGGGGGUAGGUGUAGGUGUUAGUGUUAGGUGGUGUUUGUGAAGGUGUUAGUGUUAGGGGGUGUAGGUGUUAGUGUUAGGGGGUGUAGGUGUUAGGGUUAGGGGAUGUAGGUGUAGGUGUUAGUGUUAGGUGGUGUUUGUGAAGGUGUUAGUGUUAGGGGGUGUAGGUGUUAGGGUUAGGGGAUGUAGGUGUAGGUGUUAGUGUUAGGUGGUGUUUGUGUAGGUGUUAGUGUUAGGGGGUGUAGAUGUAGGUGUAGGUGUUGGAGUUAGGGAAUGUAAGUGUAGGUGUUCGGGUUGGGUGGGUAGGUGUAGGUGUGGCUGUAGUUGUUAGGGUUAGGGGGUGUAGGUGUAGGUGUGAGGGGGUGUAUUUGUGAAUGGGUAAGGGUUGGGGAAUGUAGGUGUUACUGUUUGGGGUGUAGGUGUAGGUGUUAGUUUAAGGGGGUAAGGCUGUAGGUGUAAGUGCCAGGGGGUGUAGUUGUAGGUGUUAGUGUUGGGGGGUGUAGGUGUAUGUGUUAGGGGGUGUAGGUGUUAGUGUUAGGGAGUGUUGGUGUAGGUGUAGGGCUUACUGUUAGGGGGUGUAGGUGUAAUUGUAAGGGGGUGUAGGUGCUAGGGGUUGUAGGUGUAGGUGUCAGUAGAAGGGGGUGUAGGUGUUAGUGUUAGGGGUGAAGGUAUAGUUGUUAGGGGGUAUGGGUGUGAAUGAGUAAGAUUGAGGGGUUGUAGGUGUAGUGUUAGGGGGUGUGGGUGUAGGUGUUAGUGUUAAGGGAUGUAGGUGUAAAUGUUAGUGUAAGGGGGUUUGGGAUGUAGGUGUAGGUGUUAGGGGGUAAAGGUGUAAGUGUUAGUGUUAGGGGGUGUAGGUUGGGUGUAGGUGUUAGUGUAAAAGUGUAAAAGAGGUUUUAGUGUUAGGGGGUUCAGGUGUAGAUGUUGGGGUGAAGUUGUAGGUGUUAGUGCUAGGGGUGUAGGUGUUAGUGUUUGUGUUAUGGGGUGUAGGUGUAGGUGUAGGUGUAGGUGUUAGCAUUAGGGGGUAUAGGAGGGGGUGUAGGUGUUAGUGUUAGGGGUUGUAGGUGUAGGUGUUUGUGUUAGUGUUAGGGGUGUAGGUUAAGGUGUAGGUGUUAGUGUUAGGGGAUGUAGGUGUAAGAGGGUGUAGGUGUUAGUGUUAGGGGUGUAGCUGUUAGUGGUAGGGGGUGUAGGUGUAGGUGUAGGUGUUAGGGGCUGUAGGUGUGAAUGGGUCAGGGUUAGGGGUGUACGAUUUAUUGUUAGUGUUAGGAGGUGUAAGUGUAGGUGUUAGUGUUAGGAUUAGGGGGUGUAGGUGAGGUGUUAGUGUUAGGAGUGUAGGUGUGGGGGUUAGUGUUAGGGGUGUAGGUGUGGGGGUUAGUGUUAGGGGUGUAGGUGUGGGGGUUAGUGUUAGGGGUGUAGGUGUGGGGGUUAGUGUUAGGAGUGUAGGUGUGGGGGUUAGUGUUAGGGGUGUAGGUAUAGGUGUUCAGGGGUGUUAGGGAUGAUGUCACCGUUUGAGUGUGAGGUAAUGACUUGAGCAGGUCUCUGACCAAUCAUCUCUCUCUCUGCUGUGAUGCAGAGGUCACAUGGGAGGACCAGCAGAAAAAAGCAGCCAAUGGUAUGAUACUAGACUUAGCCCCUUCCCCCUUAGACGGCUCCUCCCACUGUGUUUGUGAUUGGAGGAAGAGCAAUAGUUGGUCUAAUAUGGAUUUCCUGUCAGUUUAGUGUUCCACUAAUCUGUCCAUUAAUUCAUCCCCACAUCCUGUUUUAAUUAUUGAUGCUUUUCAUUUGCCAUCCAUCCACUCAUCCAUCCAUCCACCCAUCCAUUCACUUAUCCAUCUAUCUAUCAUUUCAUCUUUCUGUCUAUCAAUCAAUUCAUUAAUCCGUCAAUCGGUCCCUCCAUCCAUAAUCAAUCUGUCAUCCAUUCAUCCGCGGUGCGAUCAUAAGGAGAGGUGUUGUCGGCAAGUUUAGAUGGUAAAUAUUGUUUUUUUAUCUUUCUAGUAUCUUUCAGAGCAUUAUUUUACACAAAUACGAGGAGAUCUGCAACAUUAUAACAAUGUGGAGCAGGACAGCAGCAGCCGCUAAAAGCCGGAGGGACUGCUGGCAAAAAGAAUCAUUGAUUGUGUAAAUUACAUUUGUGAGUUCAUAAAUUUAUGUCCCCCUAAUAUGUUGUCAUGCAGCGUGUGUGAUCACCUCCAUCAUUGACCUCAUUAUUUCAGAUACAACAGCAGUGGGGAAAAGAGUAGGUGGGAGCAAAAGUGGUUAGUAUGUUUACUGGAAGAUUUUAUUUGUACAUAUUUCAAUGUGUUAACAGUGAUUUCCUCACACUGCCUUUUUUUCUUUUAUCCUCCAUCAUCUGAUGGUCACAUGUCAUCUGCAGACACAUUUGGGGUUAAGAGGAGUUUUCUAAUCUGCUUCAAUAAAUUCUGAAUGAUGAUUAAUAUGCCGCAUGAAACUGGAACUUGGAGCUUGGCAAAUAUUAGUGCAUUGCUUAGACUUCAUGCUACUGAAUAUUGAGGCCGUCCGAGGAAAACCUGUAACGUUCAUAGAGAACUUCAUCAGGUAAAUCAAACGGAUUUGAACGAUCAUGAAUAUAACGCUCUCGGCGAAGUGCUCCUCUCACUAUCCGUGCAACGAUGUCCCCGGGAUCGGGCAAAAGUGGGUGAGCCAUUUUCCAAGAGAUCCGAUUGGUCAUUGGGCGGUCUUUUAUACCUGCUGAGAUCUUAUCCUGAAAAAUAACCUGCUCCAGAGCAGGUUUGGUGUUCCGCGUAAGUUACCGGGGCAACAGACCUGAGGCCUGUACUACGAAGCUGGAUUUGGUCUUAGCGAGAUAACUUCUGGAUAACUUCUGGGUUUUCUGUACUACAAAGGUGGAUCUCUUUUUUUCCGGGUCCGUUGCCCCGGUAACUUACACGGAACGCCGAACCUGCUCCGGAGCAGGUUAUGUUUCAGGAUAAGAUCUCAGCAGGUAUAAAAGACCGCCCACUGACCAAUUGGUUCUCUUGGAGAAUAGCCUGCCCACUUUUGCCGGAUCCUGUGGACGUCGGUGCUUCACUGUGAGGGCUAUUGUUGUGAUGACGUUCUGUAUGAGCGUUACAGGUUUUCUCUUGAGGGGCUGCAGUAUAAUAAUAAUAUCACAUAAUAUCACAGGACCUCGUUUAUCAUCAUCCUACAGCUGAGACAUUAUGAGGAAAUUGCUGUGUACAUGCUGAAAUACUGUAUGUACAAAUACAAUCUGCCAAUAAACCAGCUAACCACUCUGAAGGAUGUUUUUAUAUUUAUUUCGAAUUUUCUCCCACAUUCUUUUUUCCCCACUGCUGCUGCAUCUGAAAUCAUGAGGUCGAUGAUGAUGAUGGUGACAUUUGGGGACCAUAAAUUAAUGAACACACAAAUGUAGCGACAUCUAUCCAUGCCAUCGUGAUGACACAUUAAUAUCUCCAUCGUAGUGACUUACACUAACACAAUUGGUGAUUUUUUUGCCAGCAGUCCUCCGGCUUCUGGCGGCUGCGGCCGUGUUGCUCCUCGCUGUGAUUGUAUCACAGAACUCCUCAUAUUUACUCAGGGUAAUAUCCUGUUCCUCAGCUGUGAAAAACGAUGCUCUUGCUGUUUUGUCCAUUGUGGAAAAUGGUCCAGUGCUGCUAACCCCGCCCCUUUUACGUGUGCGCGCACAGAUCUGAAGUGGCCACACCCGGAUUCAGUUAUCGAGUUGAUUACCAGCUUCUUAAUACAGCUGAUCGGGAUCGCGGAGAUCCGGUGAAGUUGAGCGAGUUGUCGCAGCGAUGUGAUAAUCCAGCUUCAUAGUACAGGCUUCUGGAUAGAAAGAAAUCCACCUUCAUCGUUAUUCCAGAAGUUAUCUCGCUAAAAUCAAAUCCAGCUUCGAAGUACAGGCCUCAGGCCUCAGCUGUUUGUUGUUGUUGAUCAGCUGUUUGUUGUUGUUGAUCAGCUGUUUGUUGUUGUUUUUUUCCUGCAGGUGUGAUGAGGGAUCCAUCAAAGGUAAGCUGACAUGGCAUUCAGAAAUCACAUGAUCAUGACUUCAUUGAUGACCUCACAGGAAGUCUCACCUGUCCUCUGUCCUGGUGUUCAGAUGAGAGACAGUUUGUCCUUCAAAUCGUCAGACAGCGACAUCAGCGAAGUGUCAGCCAUGUCAAACGAUGUCAGAUCAGCCCCAAGUUUCAGGUAAGACAGCAGCAGCAGAUCACAGAGCAGAGAUAAGGUCAGCUGUCUGAAUAUGUUUGACAUAAAUCACCUCCUGUUAGCAUGUUAGCAUGUUAGCAUGUGCGACCUCUGUUUUUCUGUUAGCAUGUUAGCAUGUUGCUGAUCACAAGGUCGUUUUUUCUGCACGCUUCUUUUCUCUUCGCUCGUCGACUGAGAUAGUCGAACUGAGACUUUGGAGGGCCAAUCAGUGGAGUUGGGGGCAGGGUCAGAGGAAACACAGGAAGUAGCUGGGGAGGCAGAGGGUGGAGCUUCACUCCAGAAGAGUGAAUCAGUGGAGGAAGGAGAGGAGGCUGAGCCUGAACCAUCAAAGUAAGCAGCUGUUAGAGGAGCCACUCCAGACCAUUGUCAUGGUAACACCCCCCCCCCUCCCCCACCGCUUCCUCUGCUGAUUGGCCACUGUGUUUCUCCCUUCAGGGCGGUGGCGGCUCCUCUCCAGAAGUCGUCGAGUGUAGGCGGAGAAAUCUGUUCUUUAGGUCGAAACGACGAUGACGAAGAUGACAAGAAGCGGCGCUCCAGCUUCGGCGCCAAAAUGAUGGGGAUGGUCGGACUGGGAAAAAAGAGCCAGAGCGCCUCCCAGCUGAACCCCGAGGGUCAGUAUCUACUGGACACAGGUCCUGACCCCGUCCAAAACAGUCCCAGCUAAGAGUCAGGGCUCACUAAGUCUGGUUCAGGUCUACACUAAGUCUCUGUGUCUCUCUCUCCCUCUCUCGGUGUGAGUGCUGGGUGUGGGGAGUGUGGAGGUGGUGAGUGUGUCUGUUUCCUACUUCCUGUUCACUGUGCAACUGUUAACCAUCAUUGUGUGAUCGUUGGUGGAGGUUGGGCGGUGAUCGGCGACCGGCGAGUCGUGUUUCCUAGCGGAGAUGGCGUCCUCCGGGACGGAGUCUUUGUCUUUGAGGCAUGGCGUGCGGGUCCAGCCCGACCCAUCGGUCCCAGUAGAGAUGGUUCUUUUGGCCGUAGGGGACUGUGUGGGACACGCCAACCUCGCCUACGCCUCCAGGAUGAACAAAGGUGUGGUGGUGUUUGUGAAAGUGGAGAGACUGGUGGCGGAGCUGGUAGCUAGUGGGGUCACCGGUGUUUACCUGCAGGUCUCCCCGCUCGCACUACAUGGUGUACACCAGCACGGGGAGGCGGUUGAGGGGCUUAUGUCUGCCUGCAACGGCUCAGAGCCAACCUUUGAUUGUGUCAGCCUAUGCUGACGAUAUUAAUAUUUUUGUUCAGGACCAGGAAGAUGUUAAAGAACUUAAGCAUUGCCUGGAUCUGUAUGAGAGGGCUGCAUCAGCCAAAGUCAACUGGGAGAAGAGCGAGGCAGUUUUAGUCGGCCACUGGAGUACAGGAAGCACCCCUAGUCUUCCUGGUGGCCUUAGGUGGGGUAGCAGAGGACUAAAGGUCUUGGGAGUGUAUUUGGGUAGGGAGGAAACCACUGCUAAAAACUGGGAGGGAGUGCUGGAGAAGGUGAAAGCCAAGUUAUCUAAAUGGAAAUGGUUGCUACCUCAGAUGUCUUACAGGGGAAGAGCUCUGAUUGUCAAUAACCUGGUGGCCUCGUCUCUGUGGCACAGGCUCCAAGUUCUGGACCCUCCACCAAGCCUCGUGGGACAGCUGCAGCGACUCCUGGUGGACUUUUUCAGGUCCGGUCACCACUGGCUACGAGCGUCAGUCCUGUACCUUCCUGUGGCAGAGGGGGGGCAGGGUCUGAUAGACAUCGCCUCCAGGACCGCUGCCUUCAGGCUUCAGGCAGCUCAACGUUUCCUGUACGGACCUUCUCACUGCUGGUUGGAUGUAGCUCGGCUGCUGCUCCGGAAGGCUGGGCGGCUUCGCUUUGACAAACAGCUGUUUCUCCUGAAGCCCCCUGCUCUCACCUUCACUGAACUGACACCUUUCUACAGCUCAGUGUUUGUUGCGUGGAGGACUCUGGUUUGCACUCGACCAUCUGACCCCAAGCCUGGGAUGUGGCUGUUUGAGGAGCCACUUUUCGACAAUGAUCUUUUAGUUAACACCAUGUUUUCAUCCAACACCCUGAAAAGUGUCUUCACUGAAGCUGAAGUCAUUAAGCUUGGACAUCUCACAAGAACACCUGUAGAGAGUCUGGCUGACAUGACUGGUAUAAAAUCAACCAGAGUGCUGCAGAACCUGGUGAAGGAGGUGUGGCAGUCUCUGUCGGGGCCCCUCCGGACUUUUGCUCAGAGUCGGGGUCAGUUGGAUGGAGGGCCAGGACUACAUCUUCCCCUCCCUGAGUGUGAGUCCUGCGGUGUGAGAAUGGAGGGAAGAGAGUGGACUGUUGCCGUCCUUAAAGAGACCAGUACUGGGAGCCUUCAGCGCCUGCAUGGGGAAGCAGCUGUACCUCAGCUGUGUGAAAGUACUGAACCUGCGAAAAAGAAAUCUGUGGUGUUGACCAACUUUAUUUUUGCGAGUGCUAAGCUAGCCAUCUGGAAGACUCGCAAAAACAAGGUUCUUGGGGUGGACUGGACUGAUCCGGUCUGUUACCUCACGGGUUUGGUGGCGGCACGUCUCAGGAUUGAGCACACCUUUUAUAAACUGACCCAAAAUUUGGAUGGUUUCAGGGAUGUGUGGGCUAUUGGGCAAGUCCUGUGCUCACUGGAGGAAAAUGGCUUCUUAAGUGCUGAAUUUUUGAAGGAUUAGUUUUUAGUGUGUGUGUGUGUGUGUGUGUGUUGGUAUUUAAUCAUGUUAUUUAAAUCCACAGUAUUAGUUAACAUGUCAUCUGUCUUUAAGGAUUGUCAGAAUGUUUUAUAAAUAAAGUUUGUUAAAAGUCAAAGUCUGUCUCUCUCCCUCUCUCUUUCUCACUGUCCCUCUAAAUCUCUCUCCCUCUCCCUUUCUCUCUCUCUCUUUGUUUCUCCCCGUCUCUCUCUCUUCCUCUUUGUCCCCCCCCCCCCCCGACUCUGUCUCUGUCAUUCACUCUCUUUCCCUCUCUCUUUGUCUCUCCUUUUGUCCAGAGGAGGAAAAGAAGAAGAAGGUGGUCAGACUCCCUGUCCAGAGAAGCGUAGAGACCGGAUUGGCCGUUGAGUUUAAGUCUCGCUUCACCCGACAGCUGAGUCGAGACCCGGACGCCGAGGAGCCCAAACCCGGAGCGUAAGUCAGAUUCCUUUUGUUUUGGCCACGCCCUGUUCUAAAAGCCACGCCCUGUUCUAAAAGCCACGCCCCUCUCCUGGCCCAUCCUGCAGGCUGAUUUUUCCGGGGGUCAAACUGGCGUCGGACAAACAGUUCACCGGAUUCCUGGAGGGAUUAGGCCCCGCCCAGCUGGCUGGACGGCAGACUCUGGCCACGCCCCCUAUGGGUAACGCUCAGUCACUGUUCUCAUAGUUUCCCAUUUUAACCCUCUCUGUGACAUCACAAGACCUGAGCUCCUCUGAUUGGUUGUUGUGGGCAGGUGACAUCCAGAUUGGGAUGGUUUACCGAAAAGAGCGUCUGGACGUGGAGGUGAUCCGAGCCCGAGGACUCGUGGGAAAACAGGGCAACAAAAACACUCCAGGUGACACACUGUACACACUAAUACACACUGUAUACACGUGCGCACGCACACACACAUAUAAACACUGUGCACAAAUUUCAGUGAACACAAAAGUACACAGUGUCAGUAUAAUUACACAAAAAACACACACUGUCAAUCAGCUGUUGUGUGUGUGUGUGUGUGUGUGCAGCGCCCUAUGUGAAGGUGUAUCUGAUGGACAAUGGGAAGUGUGUGUUAAAGAGGAGAACCCGUUUGGCGAGAAAAACCCUCGACCCGCUUUACCAACAACAACUUCAGUUUGAGGAAAAUCCAGAAGGGAAGGUUCUACAGGUAACACACACACACACACACACACACACACACACACACACACAGUAUAUUCACAUAUACACUCACCGGCCACUUUAUUAGGUACACCAUGCUAGUAACGGGUUGGACCCCCUUUUGCCUUCAGAACUGCCUCAAUUCUUCGUGGCAUAGAUUCAACAAGGUGCUGGAAGCAUUCCUCAGAGAGCUUGGUUCAUAUUGACAUGAUGGCAUCACACAGUUGCCGCAGAUUUGUCGGCUGCACAUGCAUGAUGCGAAUCUCCCGUUCCACCACAUCCCAAAGAUGCUCUAUUGGAUUGAGAUCUGGUGACUGUGGAGGCCAUUUGAGUACAGUGAACUCAUUGUCAUGUUCAAGAAACCAGUCUGAGAUGAUUCCAGCUUUAUGACAUGGCGCAUUCUCCUGCUGAAAGUAGCCAUCAGAAGUUGGGUACAUUGUGGUCAUAAAGGGAUGGACAUGGUCAGCAACAAUACUCAGGUAGGCUGUGGCGUUGCAACGAUGCUCAAUUGGUACCAAGGGGCCCAAAGAGUGCCAAGAAAAUAUUCCCCACACCAUGACACCACCACCACCAGCCUGAACCGUUGAUACAAGGCAGGAUGGAUCCAUGCUUUCAUGUUGUUGACGCCAAAUUCUGACCCUACCAUCCGAAUGUCGCAGCAGAAAUCGAGACUCAUCAGACCAGGCAACGUUUUUCCAAUCUUCUAUUGUCCAAUUUCAAUGAGCUUGUGCAAAUUGUAGCCUCAGUUUCCUGUUCUUAGCUGAAAGGAGUGGCACCCGGCGUGGUCUUCUGCUGCUGUAGCCCAUCUGCCUCAAAGUUCGACGUACUGUGCGUUCAGAGAUGCUCUUCUGCCUACCUUGGUUGUAACGGGUGGUUAUUUGAGUCACUGUUGCCUUUCUAUCAGCUCGAACCAGUCUGGCCAUUCUCCUCUGACCUCUGGCAUCAACAAGGCAUUUCCGCCCACAGAACUGCCGCUCACUGGAUAUUUUUUCUUUUUCGGACCAUUCUCUGUAAACCCUAGAGAUGGUUGUGCGUGAAAAUCCCAGUAGAUCAGCAGUUUCUGAAAUCCUCAGACCAGCCCUUCUGGCACCAACAACCAUGCCACGUUCAAAGUCACUCAAAUCACCUUUCUUCCCCAUACUGAUGCUCGGUUUGAACUGCAGGAGAUUGUCUUGACCAUGUCUACAUGCCUAAAUGCACUAAGUUGCCGCCAUGUGAUUGGCUGAUUAGAAAUUAAGUGUUAACGAGCAGUUGGACAGGUGUACCUAAUAAAGUGGCCGGUGAGUGUAUAUACACACACAAACACACACACUCAUAUAUACACACACACACACAUACACAGGUAACCCCCCCCCACACACACACACAUAGACACACACACAUAUAUAAACACACACACACAUAUACACACAGGUAACACACUCUCACACACACACACAUAUACACACACACACAUAUACACACAGGUAACACACACACAAACACGUAUAUAGACACACACAGGUAACACACAUACACACACACGGAGUCCUGACUCCGCCCCCUCUGUCUGUCUGUCCUCAGAUCAUCGUCUGGGGGGAUUACGGGCGCAUGGAUCAUAAGUCCUUCAUGGGCGCUGCUCAGAUCUUAUUGGACGAUCUGGAUCUGUCCAACAUGGUGAUUGGCUGGUUUAAACUGUUUCCUGCCACCUCAAUGGUUGACCCUGCCUUGGCCCCGCUGACAAAUAAGGAGACAGAGGGUAGUCAGUCAUAG